AUGAAGCUGGUGAACGGGGGAGGAGGAGGAGGUGGGGGAGGAGGAGGGGGUGGAGGUGGAAGAGGAGGUGGAGAGAAGACUGCCUUUUCCUUUAAGAAGUGCUCAGCUUUCCAGUUUGUCAAGAGGAAGGUGAGUUGAGGAUGACACACACACACACACCAACACAUGCACACAUUUCAGGUUGGAUGCAUCCUACACACAUGCACCUACACGGCCAGAGAGGAGGUGUCACAGCCGGAGUGUGUGUGUCAGUGUGUGUGUGUGUGUGAGGCAGAGAUGAUGUCAUUGUGAAAGCUAAGCUGCGUUAAUCAGGUGCAACAUUUGGCUCCCUCUUUACCUAUGUUUACAGUGCAGGCUUGUGUGUGUCUGCUUUAUAAUACUGUUGUGUUACUGAGCCCCACAAGUGUCUGCCGAGUUGAUAUCAUGACAUCAGUGAGCCGGUCCAGUCCUGUAGUUAAGAUCCAGCUUUUCCUGCAUUAUGCUGCAGUGCUGUCACAGGACGGUGUAAUCUUAAUGCUUUGUGUUUAACUGUCUUAAAUGUGUUUGUGUGAUGCUGACUUUUCCAAAGACAAACAGACAGCUCAGUUUAAAGACGACCAAACUGCACUUGAAGGACUUGGGGUCAGGCUUUCUGGACUGCUGUAUAUGCAUGAAUGAGAUUUGAAAAUGCUGGUAGAGAGUAUAAAUAAUUUGUGUUUGAGUUGAGAUGAGUUUGAGAUGUGCGCUUGUUGUCAAAACCAUCAAUCUGCCAAAUUCAUGGAUUACUAAAUCAAGAAUAGUAACCAAUUGAUUAUGCAAACCAGAAUUUAAGUACAAAGUGGAGUGUCUCCCAGCCAUAACACAACUACCAACCAAAGACAUAACAAGCAAAUAUUGAUUUUAACAUGAUUCAAUUGAUUUAGAAAUCAUAAAUUAUCACAGCUAGAAAAAAUAGUCCCUCGGGUUACACUUUUGGUUGCACUUCCACCUCAGAUUCUAACCAGCCUCCUCUGAAACAUUAAAAUAAACAUUCAAACUCGAGGUCAAGUUAUAACAUUAGCUUGUUUGCAGAGGAAGAUGUGCUCCAUGUUUCCUUAUCACACAUGAUUGGGAUCCAGUUGCUAAUCAGGCUGUUCUCACAUCUGUACCUGCAAACUGUCAUUAUCUCUUGACUCUCAAGACUAGGGGUGUAGUGGGUCAGGGGGGGUCUGCAGGGGGUCUGAGUCCCACUUUUUUUUACAGCAGAAAAAGUCAAAUAAGAAGUAGAAGAAAAAGUCACUUUAAAUGUUAAAAACUGGUGUUACUAGCAAAAAAAAAAAAAAAAAUCAGAAUUGUAUAUUCAACACAGUUAAUUAUCAUCUACAAUUACACACAGCUAACUUUGAAUCAUGCAGCUCAUUACCUGCUCAACAAAUGGAUAUAAAAAUAGAAAAAAAUAUAUUUAAAGAUAAUCUUACCAGCUCAAAAAUUAGUUGUUUCUAUAUAUGUAUUUGCUACGUAGUUGCUCAAUUAACAUUGGAUUUUUCAUUCAUACCAGAGGCAGAACAUUACCAUUUUUCUGAAGGUAUUUUUGUAUCAAACAAUCACAGGACCUGAUUUAAGUCCUUUACCCUAUUACUUUAAAAUCUGUGGACAUUUGUUUUUCACAGAACCCGUUCUUUAUCACUGUUGAACCAUGUGUUAAGUUUUGCGUUUUCUUCAGUUUGGUUGAUGUCCCUUUCUUUCAUUCUUGUGUAUUGAGCCUUGCCAGCUGUUUUUGAACUGUCUACCUCCUCUUAUUUCUCUGUUGGCAACCGUUUUACCAUAAAUGUAAAGUUUUGUGCUCUCUGAAUGAAUGAAUGAAUGAAACACUAAAUCAAGGUUAUCCUCCAUGAUAUCAUGCUAACAAAAGUGUUUUUGCCACAGUGUCAACAUACAGACACAAAAUGUACCAGUCUCUGUGCCAAGGACUGGUUGUCUCGAGCAGCACUUGGCUCUUGAGAAAUAAAACACUUCCUUAUCGGGUUUUGGCCAGUUUAAAUAGAGUAUUUGACACAGUUGGGUUAUAAUGUGUAACAUAUUAUUGAUGAGCUAAUAUUUGUUAGUGAAUGCAUCUUGUUAAUGACUAACUCUCUUUUGUAACAGCCAUCAAGGAUGCAGUAAUAAAUCUGGUAAAGCAUUAAUAUAUGGUCAGAGGUUGCUUUAUAACUCGCAAUUAUUAAACUUUAAGAAUCAGUUGUUUAUUCAUCCCAUCAAUUUCAGCUGUUUCCUUAAAGUGUCCCUCUAUUACGCAUGAUAAUUAAAACCUAUUUCCUGAACAGCACCAUACAAACAUUGAAAUAGACUUAUCUUAUCUGUGGGUAAUGACAGCAUGGCAUGUUAAUCUGACCGAACACAGUGACCAGCCAUAAAAUCCCCAUAAAAUUAACCACUUACCCACAAGAACACAACCUUUGUUUUCAUCUUUGUAAUAAUUAGAUAGGUCAUAAGUUACAACUGGAAAAAGACAAGAUAUCCUUUAACAAGAAAGACCAUAAGCAAACACUUGGGAAAGCUGUAAAUUGUCUGGUUCUCGUGGAAAAACUGAACAUAGAAAUGUAUGGCUUUAUGUCUUCUCAGGGCUUGCCCUAUACAUAUAAGUACAUGCUAGGUUAUUAACAACACAUUAAUCUUAUUGUCUGUUUUUUCUUUUUUAAAUGAAACAGCCUAAAAGCUAUUGGAUCUCACAUUUAAAUGUAAAUGUAAGCUAGGUUUUGGAGUUCUUCGUGAUUGCAGAAGAAAAACUGUGACUACUUGAUGGUGUCACCAUGUGAUUUUUUAGUAGUGUUUGACCAAUAUCUUUUCAUGCAUUAAAUAAUGCAGCAGGGAUUGCUGCAAAACUAGCCGUUUUUUUUGGGGGGGGGGACUUGAGCAUAAGCUGCGAUCCAGCCAGAACAUCAACAAGCAUUUGUUUCCCUCAUUCAAACACCCUGAGCUUGACAAACAGUUCAGCUUUGUGUUUUCUUACUGCUGAAUUAUUUGCAGAUGAUUUACAUGAGAUCAAAGGAGAACACGGAGUACUAUGACUGCGGGGUAGGACGAGACGGAAAUGACUAACAUUACCUCCAGAGAAUGACGGAGAGAAAGGUUGAUGCACUCACUCAAUAACUACUGUAUUGCUUUGGGAAUACUGUGCAACAUUAUUUUUCCCAUUAUCCAAACUGUCUAAUAUAAAAAAGAAAUCGGAUAACCCAAUACGGGUUUAUUGCACAGGUUAUUACGUUCAGUUUAGCACAUUUUAAGCCUUGGGGAGCGGACAAACACGGCAAUCAAAAAUCACUGGCUUGAUAAAUGUGAUGCUUCUUUGUUGCCGGGUAGUUUUGUGCACUUUUCUUGUCUGCUUGUAUCAUAGUUAUGUGUUUUUGCCUGCUGCAGGAUCGUCCAAAGUGAUCAUGUGUAGGUCUCAGAUGGCGUACAGUAUGGUGUGUAUCACUGAUGACUCGGCGUGUUAAGAUGGGCAGAUUGUGUUAUGUUAACACCCACGCACAAACACACACGCACUCCCACAGGCACAUUCUGCUGAUGCCUGAACCUCCCAUGGGAUUUAUAAAAAAAUACAUUCCUGUUUAACAGUAAAGAGCCUCAAGAUCUAUCUGUCUAUCUAUCUAUCUAUCUAUCUAUCUAUCUAUCUAUCUAUCUAUCUAUCUAUCUAUCUAUCUAUCUAUCUAUCUAUAAGUAAUGUAAAACUCUGACUUUUUUCUACUCUAACAAGAAAAACAGAAGCUAUCAGAUCCGCAUCAACACACAGCCCCAAAUCAGAAUUAAUGCUUACUGCUGCUCAGAGUUUGUGUCUCUAUUUUGUGCCCAAAUAAGCCUAAUUAUGUAACAGGGAGAGCACGAGUCCAGACGGAGCACUUCGUGUCAUACAAAUGAGUAAAGGGAAAGAUGGAGGAGCGGAUAAAAUCAAUGCCACUGAGUCUGUUUGUGCGCUUUCUGUCUGUGGAUUUCGACUUUAUGUUUCAGAUGAGGUCUCUUGCAUCACUCGUGUAAACAUCUAAGGAUUAUCAAACGAUGUUUGAUGGUUCUAUAAGAGCAAUCAAAGGGAAUUGAUAGUAAGUUUUAGUCUGAUUCCAGGGGUGUUUUGAGAGAUGACCUGGGGUGGAGUAGGCCCCUUUGAUUCUGCCCACCCCAGCUCUAACUCCUCAGUCUAUUGCUGUUUUCACACUCAAGUACUUUGAAAAAAAUCAGACAGAUAUCAGUACAGAACAAAUAAACACUGUUCGUACAUGCCCCUCACAAUAGGAAGUUCUUCCACUUUGAGGUGGGUGUCCCAGGAGGCAAAAACAUGUCUAUAGGUUGUGUUAAACAUGAUGUCACCCAUUGGUUUUAUAUCAGGGUUUUGAAGCUCAGCAAUAGCAGUUGCUUUACUAGAAUUGUGGUAACUAGUAUAACUUUUGGUCAACCUAUAGCAGGAGGCAAGCGAGAGAGAAAAAAGACAACUUAGUUAACAGCGUCAUAGUCAAAGUAAUUGUCAAUAGUCAAAGUAGAUAAAACAAAAUGGAGACAGAAGUGAUGAAUCGAUUGUAUGUGUGUAUUUGUGUGAAAACGUGUACCAGUCCUGCAUGAAUCAGUGCUCAAGUCAGACAACCCCAGUUUAAAUAUUUUGGACAUACCAGUGUUGGUUUUAUUGAUUCUUGACUUAUCACCACGGUGAUAUAACACAAAGGCUCUAACUGUGUUUUGUAGUGUGGUGCUGUGUUUAAAUAUAUACUUCAUACUGCUGUGUUUUGGUGCCUGAGGUGUUCAAGUGUGGAGCUGAGCGGAUGUCACCUCUUAUUCAUUUCAUCAUCAGCCUGACACAUUAGACAAACGGCACCCUGUCUGAACCACAGGGGUAUAACACAUAAAAUAAAACUGUUUUCUUCCUUCUUUGAGUGUGAUGACAAAAAACAAACAGGAGAGUCCUUUAAUUAGAGGUAAAAUCACUCACAUGUACACUCAGCUCAUGUUCUGUGGGAGAAAACUUGCAUAAUUCUUAAUCUAGCUCAUGUUUUUGGUGUGCGUCACUCAGCUUCUGUGCUAGUUCAACAGCAGUCAGUUUAUUUGUGCACUGACCUGCUGGAGUGUUUUUCCAAGUUUGUUUUCUCACACCCCGACAUGCCUUGACAUGCUGUCUGGCUUCUCUUCGACUCAGGCAUCCAAUCUCAGUGUGUGUGUACUUUUGUGUUAGUGUGUGUGUCACAUCUGUCUGGACUCUGCGGCUCAGUCACUCAGCCUGGUGUCCCUGCAGAGUGUGUUUGCUGAAUGUUCCACUCACACAACAGGAUGAGAUUUCACACAGAUUCUCAUAAAAAUAUUGCCUUUCUCUCCCACCAUGUCUCCAAUUUUCUGUUGACUCUCGAGUUUAACCAUCUCUCCCCUACGCACCAACAUACACACACUGGGUUUUACAAUUUCUGAUGGUGCUUUUCUGAAGAGUCUUUGCAGAAAAAGUGUGUGUGCAGUGUGCUUGCUACAUUAACUUGCACAUGUUGAAUUUACUUCGUUUUGCACAAAUCUUCCAUGACUGUUUAGACUCCAUGGAUGCUUAAUGUGGACAUCUGCUAGUGGUGUUUUCUUCAUCACAUUUGAUAAUUGUGUUAUCAGCAUGCAUCAGGUGUGCAUGCAUGUGGGUCAUUUUGUGUCUCUCUUACUUCAUAAGCUCAAAGUGCAGUGUUUCUCUUUGAAGUGCAUCUGCAUAAAUGUGUGUGUUUGUGUGUGUGUGUGUCCCUCUCACACUGACGUGUAAUCAGGGAUAACACAAGGAAGUCGUCUUCUUCUGAUCAAAGGGGCAGCUGGCAGGGUUGACAGCGCGCAGGCGUUUGUGUGUUUGUGUUUGUGCGACACCUGUGCUGAACACACGUGAAUACAAAGAGAAAAAGCAAAAGUAACACCAACUACUUGUUCCUCUUGGACAGGUUCGAAGAUGGAUGAGGAACCCAAAGGUGAGCGUGGAGAAGGCCCAGGGUAAAAGCCUCCUCUACCCUUGUCCGAAGUGCCCAUUGGCUGACGACUUGUGGUACUCUCACUUCCCCUCGCCGUACGGCUGUUGUCACUACAGCGGCCUGCAGGGCGGCAUGUACUACCACCAGGAGCCAUGCUCCCCAUGCCCCGCCAGUGGACAAAGCAGCAGCCACGACAAGAACAAGGGCUGCAAGGUAAAGUCAAAACCCACUCUGCUUCUUUUGCUUCUCAGCCUUAUCAGCAAUGUCACACUGAAGUGGUGUUUCAAGAGAUUUGUGGCGUGGGGUUCAUCAUGUUGGGCACUGACUUAUGCAGGGCUGGCAUAAAAAGUGUGUGAAUGAAGAAACACUAACACUCACAUUCAUCCAAGACCACUUUUGCCAAAAGAAUUAUUUACUUGCAGUAGUUAUUUUUGGCUCUGUUUUGAGGGCAGCAGCAAAAACCCAGAACGGAACAAUGGUGACAACAUAUACAGUAUAAUAUAGGUAGUCUCAGCCCACUAGUUUCUAGGCUUUAUGAAGCCCAGCAACAGUGAUUGCCAUAUAAAAAAUGCUAACUUGCUUUUUAUUGGUUCUAAAUGGGUUACCUAGGCUUUUGGAGUCAGCCUCUUGUGGACACUUGAAGAGCAGCAGUUUUUAGCAUUACAGUAUUAGCAACACUUUAUUAACAGCGGAGAAUGCUGCUUCGUAUCUAUAAAGGAAAACUGUGACUUCUUAAGUCCUCCACUCAAUCACAAUCCAUCCGUGCAAAUGUCUUAACUUUUUGCAUCUGUGUUAUUUCAGUAGAUGCGUCACAGAUUACAAUGUUUACAAGUAGAGAAAUUAGCCACAAAAACAGAAUGUUCCUGCGGUAAAAACUGGUAUUUAGGGCCCGAGCGUAGCUGCUAAGCAGCUGCGAGAGCCCUCUUGUUCCUGCAUGUUUCCUUCUUUCGUUAUUAUUUUUCCUCCGCUUUAAACUGGAAAAUGGCCCACUUCCCACUGGCGAAAACUCAGGAAAUUUGGCAGGACGACCGGGCCUGGUGAAAAAUUCGAUAUUCUGAAGUCGCCCAAACAAUAAAAUGCAAAAUGGCUCCAUAGCGCCCCCUAAGGUGAAAAUUCACAUGACGGCUGUACGCUUUGUCAUAUUGACACAAAAAUUGACACACACAUGUAUCUCAAUAAGAUCUACAAAAAAGUCAGUGCGGGCAUAUCUGUCAAAUGUACGGUUAAUGGGUUAUUUUGCAUUUUUUGCAGAUCUGCACACAUUGGAAUUUCGCUAACUCCUCCUAAGGCUUUCGUUCGACCGGCACCACAUUUGCGCAGGCCAAUCUACCCCCCAUGGCCAUUAAAAGUUGUACAAAUCAUGACGCUGCACCCCACGGUUUACGUUCUAGGGGGCGCCAAAGAUAACCCAAAAUCCACAUUCUUAAAAGUCUUAUAAGUUUUUAUUUUUGUCCUCAGUGCCCUCCAAGUUUUCUAGGAUGAUGCAAUGUCCAGCCAUCAACACAUUUGUGAAGGAAUUUUUACUCCCCAAAAGAGCGCCCCCCCAUGGCAGGAGAAAAAAGUCCUUUUUUUUCUUGUCCCCUUACAUGAAAAUACACAUUGUUGAGUGUCACGCCUGAAUGCUUUGUCAUAUUGACACAAAAAUUGACAAGCAUGUGUAUCUCAAUUAGAUCUACGAAAAAGUCAAAAAGCGCGUAUCUGUAUAAUGUACGGUUAAAGGGCUAUUUCGCAUUUUUUGCCGAUCCGCACACAUUGGAAUUUCGCUAACUCCUCCUAAGGCUUUCGUCCCACCGAUACCAAAUUUGCUCAGGGCAAUCUACACCCCAUGCCCAUUCAAAGUUGUAAAAAUCAUGACGCUGCACCCCACGGUUUACGUUCUAGGGGGCGCCAAAGAUGACCCAAAAAUCCACAUUCUUAAAAGUCAUUUUGGCCACUGCAGGAGUACAGAGUACUGCAGUUCUAGGGGGCGCCAAAGAUGACCCAAAAAUCCACAUUCUUAAAAGUCUUUUUGGCCACUGCAGGAGUACAGAGUACUGCAGGAUACACACACACACACACACACACACACACACACACACACACACACACACACACACACACACACUCAGAGUCUGUUUUUUAGCACCUGCAAAAACAUGCUGUUUACAUAUUUGACAAGAAUGCAGAGGCUUCCUUUUGCCCCUGAAAAAAAUCAGAUUUCAAACACAACUUGACUGUUCAUUUCUCCAAAAGACAACCAUGAAGCUCCAUCCAAACCUGAAGCAGAUAGUUGGUGCAUGUGUACAGUAACCUGAGGGGAGUGAGGUGACUAUUUCUGAGGAGAACAUGAGCAGUGAAGAUUCACCUUGGAGCUAGAACAGGGACGUGCACAUGAUUAUACAGGGGCAGGGGCUCAAGUUUUUUCCAGUCAUUUAUACAAUAUGGAAAUUAAUGUGAAAUUAAAACACAAAUAUGUGUGAUGAACUGUUUUUAAAACUUAAACUUCAAAUAAAAAUUGUAAACUUCAAAACAUAUGCAAAUUUUUAACAAAGAACAUAGUAAUUUACCUCUAUUUACAUCAAAAUGCAGGCAAUGGCCCAGGCGUUCUUUGUAAAAUUAUUUACAAAACACUGUAUAGUCUCACAAAUGUCACUUUUUAUUUAUGCCACUACAAAAAAACAUGAUGUAAAUGAUGCAUGAUGUAAAACAUGAUGUAAAAAACUUGUGUAGAUCCUCCUCUAUGUCAGCUCAUGUGUAAUUUUUCCAUAAUUCUUUGUUUUUUGCAGCAUUUUUGUUAGUGUAACUGCAGAUUGUGCUGACAGUCUAUGGCAAAAAAAACAAAAACUGAAAAUGCCUCAACAUGAACCCCUGGUGGUCUCUGAGGGUGAAACCUGCUAACUGCUGCAGCUCUGUCAGCUUCAGUCUCCCAUGCAGAGCUCUGAGCGCAUGUGUGGCUCUGCACCCUUAGCAGCGUUGCUAACUCCUCAGUAAGGAAAGCCUGCUUCAUGUCAGAGUCUCUAAACUCCAGAAGAAGUCGAUAAAAGUCCCUUUCUUUCUAAAAAAAAGUCGUUAGGGGUCUGAAAAGUAAUUGAAUCUAACAACAAAGUCGCUAGGUUUGCAACUACGUGUCCCAGACUGCAUCCCUGCUGAGAGUCCCUCCCUCCCUUCUCAUGUUGCAGGAAGAACGUAAGCGUCCGCCCCUUGUCAAUCAGUCACCAUAUAAUUUUGGAUUGGUUGUUGUGGUGAAGUUUUCCACCAAUAGGAGAGAUGUUGUGGUGUGUUUUUUUUUUCCUUUGGCAAGCCUUUUCCGCCUGUAAGACCUGUCGCUAAUGUGUGCAUGCUAUGUUUUCCUGUCUCAUACAGCGCGAUCGAGCGCCGAACGUGAUCAAAAUAAGCAGAAAAAAAGUAUCGCGGACAUAAUUUAUCAUAACUCUGGUUUUAUUUGGCCUAUCAACACAAUUUAAAAACUGGUAUAUAGGUUGAGGUCCUCACUUUUGAGAUAAGUUGAAACGGAGAGUUAACGAGGCUCCGUCUUGCAGCUACAUCCGGUUAAAUAUGUCAUGUGACUUGAACGCUGGGGAGCGUCAAUCGAAUCGAAUCAAACCUAACUCUCAGAUGAAUCUUCAAAAUUCACCUCAGAAAUAUGCUUAUUAUUCUUCUCAGAGUACUGCAGGAUACACACACACACACACACAGACACACACACACACACGCACACACACACACACACACACUCAGAGUCUGGUUUUUAGCACCUGCAAAAACAUGCUAUUUACAUAUUUGACAAGAAUGCAGAGGCUUCCUUUUGCCCCUGAAAAAAAUCAAAUUUCAAACACAACUUGACUGCUCAUUUCUCCAAAAGACAACCAUGAAGCUCCAUCCAAACCUGAAGCAGGCAGUUGGUGCAUGUGUACAGUAACCUGAGGGGAGUGAGGUGACUGCUUCUGAGGAGAACAUGAGCAGUGAAGAUUCACCUUGGAGCUAGAACAGGGACGUGCAGAUGAUAAUACAGGGGCAGGGGCUCAAGUUUUUUCCAGUCGUUUAUACAAUAUGGAAAUUAAUGUGAAAUUAAAAAACAAAGUAUGACUGUCCUGUGUAGGUGACAGUGAUAUCCAAUAGGCUAGGCACUCACGAGGCUGGCUGUGGCAAGUGUAAGUGAAAGCAACACGCACUGGCAGGAAGAACAGAAAACGCAGAUGAAGGAAAAGGGUCUUUGCAGUGAUGGGCGUUACCAGAGAGGGCGAUGGCCAGAGGACACAAAUGCGAUGGGGAGGCAGCACGUUGGGGGGGGGGGGGGCGACACGGCUCGGGCCCGCCAGUGCCCCAACGGGGUCCUAGUUUUACUUGCCACCUGAUGGGGAGUCCCUGGCCUUUGGAACUAGCCCCUAGUGGACACUUGAGGAGCUGCAGUUUUUUGGAGCAGCUCUAAUUCUCAACACUGUUUGUUAAGGAAGAUGCCACACUUGCUGUAAACAACAGCUUCCUCUUGAAAUAAAGCCAAGACAGUUGCUUCAAUCAAAUGAAGCAGACUGUAAAUCACAUUUAAAAAUAACAGGGCGGUUACCGGCUGGACCAGUGGGUGGAUUUCAGGCACACCCUCCCCACACCCACGCACUAAGGGUAUGCAAUGAUUAAAAUGUUCUGUUUACAUAGAAGGAAUGUGAAUUAAUGCAAGGUCAGCCUUCUUUUUAGCUUUGGGAGUAGAAACCAAUACACUCACCAAACACCUCUCUGCAACAAAGUACAACAGGACUGUUCUGGCCUGUGUCCCUGGAGCAGAGUGAGCAACAUUUUACAACAACAGCAAGAAAGAUUAGACCUCUCUGGCAAUGGUUUUCCUGGAGCUCAGGUAGAGUCAGCAGUGAAGAUGUGUGGUGAAAUGCAUGUUCGGAAACUGAAUGGGAAAUCAUUGGGGUGAAAGAAGAGUUAAUAAAAAGACAUUAUGACCCACUUCCUCUUCAUCCUUUCUCCACAAAUCUCCCUCUCUGGCCUGAAGUUGCACUUUUAUCCAUAAACAACAACCUUGACUCACUUUGCACCCCUCCCUCUGUUUACCUAUUAGUGUGGAAAAACAGCAAAGUAGCGAAUUAUGUGCUAACAGAACUCCACUUAUUGUUGUGCUUGUCUUUACCCUGCGUUUAAGCUCUACCACGAGGGUUGUUAUGUAACAUAAACACUAAGGCAGCUGAAGGCAGGGGCGUUUUUUUUUCUUUUCAAAGGGCCCGUUGUUGAUGUUUUUUUGCUUACCAAGGGAAGGUGUUUCUGAAAUUAGAGCAAAAGGGACAAAUUCAACUGAGCACAUGAGGACUGAAUUAAAUAUUAAAGAAAACAAAUAAAAACAAAUAUCAGCGUGAAAAAAAGGAGGUGUAAGGAUACAAUCAACUCUACUCAGCAGGUGUCCAGCUCACCCUCGGUUAUGCAACCGCAAUCAUGAUAGAGAUCCCACACCUAUCAAUCAUCACUCUCAUCUAUUGGUUCCUCUUGUGUGUGUUUAUGUGUGUGAGUGUGUGUGUUCCUCAGCUCUCAUGGGUGGCAGGCGAGAAUGAGUCAUCACUGUCCCAGAGAGACAAAGCCACACUAGUGUGUGUGUGUGUUUAAAAAAGAGUGUGUAUGUGUGUGUACUACCUAACAAUGUUGAAGUGUGGAGCGCGUUGACGUGCAUCUCUCCACUCUCUGCCUCCAGCUCUUUCAUUUCUUCAUUUUUUUAUGGUAUCUUCCUUCCAGGGCUGGUCCGUCUCACUUUAUCUCUCCAUCAAUUCCACCUCCUGCCCUCACAACCAAUAGAUCUGUCACUUAGGUCCCACUGGAGAUAACUGGUGUUGGUGCGUGUGUGUGUGUGUGAGGUGAAUUAAUGGAUGUUGCAAGGAGCUAGGAACAGUGGGUUAAAGAUGAAGGGGAUCUGUGGUGAGUCAUUUCUCUGCAGACAGUGUGUGUGCUUGUGUGUUUGAAGGUAAUGCAUUGCUAAUGUGUGGUCAAAGAGGACUGACCCACCAACACAUUUUUAUUCCCAGCUCAUCUGAUGUGAAAAUACGGUCACCCAGUUAUCACUUACGCAUCGGUGGUAUUUGUCAUUCUGGUGACACUUUAUAGAGAAGCGGCAGCUUUAUGGCAGUCUUACCCACAGGUUUAUCCUUUAAAGUCACCGACUCAGGCGUCCAUGCUUGUUAACUCAAGAGUAAGAUCGAGCUAAACCUACAGCAGCCUAUCUUACCAGUGGUUUGUGAUCCAGCAAUAGAGAGACAAUAAACCUCAAACAGUUGGAUGCAUACUGUAUUCUUCACACUCUUCAAGUGUCUGACUCUGAGAGGCAUGGCCCAGUAACACUCAGACGUUAUGUUCUCAGCUGUCCAUUACAUGCUGUACCAUACCUCAGCACACUCUGUACAAACAUUGAACAUGUAACAGCUCCCGCCCUCAAACUUAAUCUGCCAAAAACUUGCAGACAAACGCUCCCCCUCUCUGACACACCAAACUCUCUGCUCUGCUAAGUCUCCUGCGGGGCCACCCACAGCCUGACUCAAAUGCAAAUGAACAAAAACUUCACUAUGAUAUUUGUCAGCCCAUCAAAGUAAACCAUAUCUCUGAUGGUCCGACAAGCGUCUCAGGCUGUGGUUUAGGAGCAGAGGGGUGAUGACGCUGAGCGGCUGCUGUCACACAAAGUGGAGGAGAUGAAUAAGACAGCAGACACUGACAGAUGGUGUCAGCUUACUCUAACAUGAUGAAUGAGACAGAAGAGAAAGCUCUGGGGACAUUUGUCAUGCUCGGAUACAUGAUGCUCUUUAUUCUGAUGAUGUAAGUCUUGAGGAAUAUUGCUUUGCCUCAAGAAUCCUGCAUUGUUGAAUGUUAUCGUCCUCCUCACUUGGGCGUUUGGACGGCUUUUGGAAAAGUUAAUGUGGUCUUAAGUGAGGCUUUGUGUCUCCAGAGCUUCAUCUGAGCUUUGAGGCAAACAAAAACGUAGAUAAAAAGCGACAUCUACCUUCAUUAUUCUCAGCAAAAACAGCCCCUACAACCUCCACCGCCUCUUCCCUCUUAUUAAAAAUCCAUCACAGCACCUGAUUUCUCAUUAUCAUACCAUUUAAAUGCAGGUAGCUUAGCUUAGCCUUGACCCUUUGCUUAGCCUUCUUAGAGCCCAAAGCUAAAUAUAGAGCAUCUUUAUGGCUCUGGUGUUAUUAUAUAAUGAAAUCAGCGCUCUAAAGUUAUGACUCCUGCUUCUGCUGACAUGAUAACUGUAGGGCAGAGAGGAGCAGAGGUUCAGGAGGAAACGCAGUAAAUGGUGUCGAUUGGGGGAAAUUAGAGUUCAAAAUUGGACAGAGGUUUGAUCUAAAUGUCUGUCUGCCAGGGAGAAAUAAGAGCAGAUUUGGGUUUGUUGGCGCUGAGGGGAAAACAUAAAGAGGGUAAACAGCAGUGAUCUAGAGAGAGAGAGAGAGAGAGAGAGAGAGAGAGAGAGAAAUGAAGCAAGGAGGAGAGCUGAGAGGACACUUUUAUUAGAAGAUAGAGGAUGAGGUCAGAGCUUCUGCCCCAACGUCAGAGCAUGAGCAGAAAUCAGAAGCAUAUAAAUCCUCCUGAUAAGGACGUCCUGUACUGUCCUGUGUACUUACUAGCAGACUGUCAGAUCCUCUACACAUAUACACACUAACACACACAAACACACACACAAAGCUAAUGCAGACACAGCCUUUUCGCUAAUCGCUAACAUCAAGCUGUACUGUUCGUGAUGAAGACUUCAUCAAAAAAUGAAGAGAACAUUAACUUCUGCUGACAGCUGGUCGUCCUGAAACGUUAUCUCUAUCGUUGUACACAUUCAGUAUUUCUCCACAGCAGUGUCAGUAACACUAUAGAUCUGCGCCUGUGUGUCUUACAGUGUAAAUAUUGUGUAUAGUGAAAUACUACCCUGAAAGUAAAGGAAUGUUUAAAGGGCAUGUUUAUACCCACAUAACCCAGAAUUACACCACCAUGAGGGCACUUUGGCCUGAACCUUUACCGCUGUAUUCAUGAGCUUAUUGUCACUGGAGGGAAACAGCCUUACUUUAGCAAGAUUUAAAGAUACCAUAAGGAACUUUUUAAUGAACUUUGCCAGGUGCCUGUGUUUGAUAUUUGACAUUUUCAGCCGCAAUUGCUAUUAAAGGGAUAUUCCGGUGUAAAUUUAAGUUAUGGUCAAACACACCGUAACACCGAGUUAGACCCCCUCGAGAGAUGAAUGUUGCCGACUGCUUGCUUCUCUAGUUAUACCAACAGGGGAGCCCUGACGAGUCGAUCACAGAGUGCAGCAGAGUAUUGCUGCUUAAGAAAUCAGGCAAAGCUGAAAAGAUGUUUGAUGGCUAGUACUAUGGCUGGGACCCUAUAUGUACUGUUGUUGAAGUUAGGUACUGUUCUGAUCAUUAUUUGUGGUUAUAGAGUGGUGUUUUGGUUGAGGUUUACGCAUGGAGACGUAAACCGCUGUGUAUUGCUAUCGUUACUAAAGUUGGUAUAACUAGAGAAGCAAGCAGUUGGCAACAUUCAUCUAUCGAGGGUGUCUAACUGAGUGUUACGGUGCGUUUAAACGUAACUUAAAUUUGCUGUGGAAUAUCCUUUUAAAGAGUUCUGUGUCUCAUCCUCGAUUUAUCCAAAUUCACAGGUUAGUUACAGAGCAGAUUCACUUUGACGUCUCUAAUUGAUGAAACCAAACCAUCAAUAUGGGAAGAAGUCUUUUUGUCCUAAGACAAGUGUAAACAAGAACCACAAAAACUAUGUAUUUGACAUAUGACUCAGAGAAAGAUCCAGAUUUUGUUUUCAUACCUUCUUUAAAACCUGGUCCUCUUCUGGGAACAGAUCAGGUGAUACCAUCCUUACCCAGAACCGUCUGAUCUUUUGUAGUCCCAUAUGGGUUAACUGUCCAAAACUCAUUCAUGCAGGAUAAAAAGGGGGGCAGCGAUGAGUAAGAAAGGAAGUGGAGCAGAGCAAGGGGAUGAAAGGGGGUGAAGAAAUCCUCCGAGAUGAGAGAAACCAACCGUGUCCUGGAAGAACAGUGAUUUUGAUCUGCUCCUAUGCAGCCUGUGAAAUGUUGGCGACUAUUGAUUAGAUCUCAGCUGUAAGUGAUGGUGCAAAGUAGAGGAUGAAUAACUGCUCAGGAUUUUUUUUUUUUCAUGCAAUAAUAAACGUAGUUAAUUUCGCGGUGAGGUAACUCCACAUCGUACCUUUAAACGCACCAUUGAAAAAAAACCUCUGGGUGGUAUUAACUCUGGCUUUCUAAGUCAUGUAGUUUGUGUGUUAAGUUGGCUGCUGGGUGUCGUUAUCCAACAAGACAAAACAGGGGGUGACAACCUGUGACAAAUCCUCCUCACUUGUUCCUCCUCAGCAGUGACAAGACCCUACAGGCUGUGCUCUGUAGGAUGAAUGCUAAUGCUGUUUGUCUGAAUCAGUGAAUGAUGUAAUGAUGGUGGGCUCAUUCAAAAGUCCUGUCAAGUGAGACCUCGAGGCACUCACAAGAACAAACAAAACUCAAGGGUUGCAUCAGAUGACAAGACUUUGUAGAAUUACCAAAAUACCGUCUGUUCCCAAAAACUUUUCUCACUUUUAUGAUACUUUCUCUGAAGCUGCUGGACUUAAGACUCUGGACUUUAACUGUUGACGUCGUCUUAUCUCUGAGGUGUCUCAGUCGAUUAUUCUGGGAAGCGAGCAGUUCACAGCUUAAUUGAGCUAAUGGUUAAUGACUCCUGUGUCAGAGUCAAAGAUAGCACAAGUUUGUUAGUGACCUUUACUGGCACUUUUCGAGGUAAGAACAGAAACUUUGGACUUGGAGAUUUUGGUAACUGUGUCAAGCAGGCAGGACGAGCUUGAUUCACUGCUAAUCUGCGUACAAAAAUAUCUGACUUUAUAUUUAUACGGCACGAACGUCACACAGGAAAAAACUCACUCGAAUGAUUAAACAUGCAGCUAAACUACCAGCAAAACCAGAGUCCAACUUUUUGACAGCAUCAUUGAGUGCGCCUAACAUCCCUGUCACCACUCAUUUCAGCCGCUUCCCUCAUGUAACCUUUGGCCAAAAGGAGCAAGCAAGGCUGGACAGACACUACUGUUCAUGUGCUUUUACUGAAUUAUGGAGCUAUUUACGAGAUAUUGGGUAAAAAUGCUUAACUUUUGCUUUAUGAAUUGCACCUAACUCUGUUGCUUCUCUGUCCCUCUCCUCUCCUUUCAGAAUUGUUGCUUGGAUUUGGCACUUGAGCCCCAGCUUUAGCUGCUCUUGCCACAAAUUGAUUUACUGUCAAGACUUAUUUUUGUUGUCUUGGGCUUAUAAAGGAAUUCAGAAGAAUAGCCAACAAGGUCCAAUUAUAUUUGAUACAAAAAGUGACACAAAAAGAGCCCAAUCUCUGUCCAGGUUGUUGUCUUUUCAUACAUACUGUAGAGACAAGAGUUUAAAUAUUAAGUCCACAUGACGUCUAAAAGUCAAAAAUCCCCCUGACUCCAUCAAAAUUUGUGCUUGGUAAUGAAAACAGUGAGCUUCAAGUUUAGCAUUGGUACAUAACAAUCUUGGCAAACCUCCACGUCCUACUUUUCCUCUCUGUAAUAACAGAUAACAUCAUCUGACAUCGUUUCUGCCAUGCUUCUUCUCUCCUCACACCUUAAAUCCACUCCAACCUUGAUGUUUUCUUGCCAUCAUCCAUUGUUCUCCCGGUUGUUGAUACCCACAUUUCCCCUUCUCUGAUAUAAACAUUUUUAAGCAGCAUUUAAAUGAGGGAACUCUCCCAGGGUUUUGGAAAGCGGAUCUAAGCUGCCACUGUUUAGCAUACGCUAAGCAAUGGAAAACUGCUAAUCCUUUGCUAUUCUUUUGUUCCAAAGCCAAGUUCUCUGGCAGUGGAAGAAUGCGGUUAAAGUAAUAAACUUGGAAUUGCUUUUCCUGCAUGAUCUCCCCUCUUUGCUUACAGUAGAUAUACACACUCCCCCUAAAAUGGCUCAGCGCAUUGGUUUCCACUGUUAGUGCUGCAUUAUGCAGAGCUCUCUCUGCCAAAAUAUGGAAAAUUGAGAAGCAGAAAGGAGGUAUUUAUACCUUGGCUGCGGUCUCCUGGAUUUGUUGUGAUAUGGAGGAUCUGUGACUUCGCUUUGUAGUGUUUCAACUAAUCUUGGCAAUAACAAGCUGGAGGGAAAACUGAGGAAGGUGCAGGCAGGUUGUUUGUGAUGUUAAGAGGUUUCCUUUCUAAUCUAUGUCUGGGUUGAUACACAUCACAGAGGAAUUCAAUGCACGUAGAGAGAACGAUAAAUAUGCAUGACUUCAUAUUGUAAGGUGAAGUCACCUGGAAGGAGUGGUGCAAUCUUAUUUUGAAAGGUUUCAAAUUGAUUGAGAAAUUAGGUUAAAAGACAAGGGUGAGAAAUAAUGAGUGGGUGGUGAUGCACAUUAAAGUCCUAACAGGUGAGCAAACCUCUGACGUAAGCUGACAGACUGAGGGUCACUUAUCUCACAGAUGACACAUUCUUGCCAUUAUCACCACAGCUUAUGGUUUAAGUUACCUUGUUAAGAUGGGGUUUUAUGACCACAUUGAAAAGUAAAGUUGUAAUGGGAUAAAAGUCAUGUUGUUAUGGAAAUAAGGUCGUAUUAAAGUUAUUAUACUCUGAGGAUAAACCCUGAAAAAGAUGAGAUUUGCAGUUUCCCCCUUCAAAAUAGUAUUAAGUCAUCAAUUGUUGAUUAAAUUAAAAACAAAGCGACUGAAAUCCCAUAACAUGAUAUUUUUAUUCCUGCACAUUAUGAAUUUACAACAGCUUUAUUCCUGUAAUAUUUGACUUCACUACAUUGUUGUUCUUGCCAGAUUGAUCCGGUUGUCUCUGGCGUCUCUUUUGCUGUUGAAAAUUCAUCACUGUUGCUUUGGGGGUUUGGCCAAUCAGGAUCAAGUUUUAAACACAGCCAGGUUCUAAAAACAAUAGUUGUUGACUUAAGUUAUGAGGAUGAUGAAUUUAUCUUCCUUUUUGGCCAAGGGCAAAGAUAUUUGAUCAGAGACUAUCCAAAAAUCAGCACUAGUCUCAACACCUCCUGUGGAUUUAAUCCCCGAGCAGUAUCGCCCUCUCUCGUGGUCCCCCCCUCUCCCUCUCUGACCUUGGGCCACCAGAAAUAAAAGGACCAUCCUCUGCUGCGAGUCUUUUUGUGAAGGACUUUGGGGAUUAUUGUUGUUUUAAUCUACCCUGAGAACUCAGCUAAUCAUUUCUUCCAUCUUGAUGCUCCAGAGUGAAUGCCAAACGGCUUCACCACAGCGGCUCAGCAGCACCCUGACUAAGCACUGUAACUUUGUCUCCUGCUCUGUUCACACACUCAGCUCUGUUGAGACUGCUUGGUAAUGCACUGAGGUUUUUAGAGAUUAUGGCUCACUCUAGAAAACUGAGCUCAGAGUUGACCUGAUCUGAUUACACAUGGACAACAUGUGCUUUGUUACUGCCCUCAGUCUGUUGUUUACUGAACGAAAAACUCAGACCUGUUGGUUUUAGUUUGUGUUAUCACAUUUCUAGUGCAGGUCAGCUGAAGAUGUCAUUUUGUUUUUGUGCUGCGAAAUCUCUCAGAUCAAGUACAAAAUAAAACUCAGCAACAAAAAGGGAUAGUCUAAGAUGUUCAAACCAUAGACUGUAUAUACUAAGGACAACUUGGUUCUGUGUUCCGCCAGUGUACGGGUUUGCAGCCCAAUUGCUCGCGGUAUUUCUGAUUUUCUCCACUUCCUGGAAUUACCACUUUCGCUGUAGCAUUGUACGUAUUUUGGUGGGAGAUUCACAGAGAGUCGCUGUGAUGACACUCGGCUCAAACAGUACGCCCAUAGGCUGUAUCAAGUGUCAAUCAUAGAAAACAUGAACCCCCUAAUAACUUUUAAAAAUGGAGUUGCACAGAAAAAAGAGGACUUGAGCACAAACCAGUCUUACAAUAACUACAUGUCAACAUUGCAAGCAGGGGAGAAUGUACACACCAGCCCCGAAGUUCCAUAAAUCAAGAAAUAAAAACAUCAUGCACACCUUAUCAGCACCAUUCAUAAGAAACGCAGCUCUGUUUGACUACCUCGUAAUGCACAUUAUAUAUAAACACAUCAACUUGUUUCAGUCACUACAACAACAGUACCCCUUAAAUUUCAUACAGUAGUGGUACCUUGUUGAAUAUUACUGUUGUAGAGGAUAACACGGGGAAAUUCAUAUUCUGUGUUACAAAUUUCUAAAUUUGUCCACAGCUCCAUAGGAAUUGCUGGAGGAGGAUUUAUGACCUAUACUGCAGUCUGUCACCAGAAGGUGCUGUUCUCGCAGUGGCUUCACCUAGCGAGGAGGUAGACAGAAUCCAUUUUAUAUACAGUCUAUGGUUCAUUUUCGAGAUCCUGAAGGAAGAGUGGUGUGCAAUAAAACAUGUUUUAUAGGACUGGAUAGUGCGGAAACUUGUGCUCUCCACAGAAUAAACCCUGCUACUUUUGAUUUACAUCUGACUUCUUCUAUAGCACAUCGGGCAGGUUGAAAUUUGUUGUUUUCAGUGUAAUUUUGCCACCAUAAGAUGACAGUAGACCACCAAAAUGAAGUAAAAACUCACAUUCGUUUACCUAAAUCCAAACUUGUGUUAUUUGCUAGCUAGCAACAGUCACCUGACUGUGCCAAAAACUUGAUUCUGAUUGGUCAUUGAUUGAUAAUUGACAACCUCAGAGGCAACCAGAUGACAAACAUAAUAAAUCUACUGGUGGAAAACAGCUCUUGCACAUUCUACUUCUGCUUUUGGCGACAAGACAAAGAUGUGUUAAAACCUCAGUUUCUAUGAGUUUUUUCAAGUUUAACAACACUACUAUUUUCAUACUGCAUCCUGUCCUGCAAUCUGUGCAAUGGCUGCAGAGCUAGUGAAUGCAUCUCUAAAUUCACUGCAAAAACCGUGACCAACCAUGGGAGAGAAAACUCCCAAAUGUCUGUAAAGUAAAUAAAGUCAGAGAACAAUUGUGUCACAUCACUUUUUCCAGGGAUCCUGUGACCAUUUAAAACCUCAGAGAUGAGCCGUGUCUGUGAAUACAUUUUACAGUGUUUAUUUUAAAGUCAGUGAUUCAGUGUUUUUGCCUUUUGCAAAUCUGGUCAAACUGUGCUUAUGCAAUGUGAAAUGUUUGGGUUGCUAUGACUAUUUUAGUGAGAGAGAUGAGGUGAGGCUUAAUGUCAGGGUAAAGAGAACAAAACAAAUCUCAUUACAGCUACAGCAGAGAGUAAAUAAGCUCCAUGACAUAAAGAUAUAUUCAACUCUGACAGUUUUACAGAAGACAGAAAGUUAGAGAUUUACUGUAGAAGAUGCUGUGAAAUCCCAAGGAGAGAAGUGUUUUAAUUUCCAAGAACCCUCACAGGCUGUGGGGCACAGUGGAUGAACAUUAAUAUUAAUAUUGAACCACAGAGUCAAGCUGCUGAGACCCUUGUGCUCCUCAGGAUUUAAGAUAAAAAAAAACUGAAUCCCAAAGAAUGACCCAAGAGGGUGAAAAUAGCUGCAAACAAAACAGCUUAGCGUCAAUAUCCCAAUCGUGAAAUCCCAAUAUGUCCUUUGGUCUCUUCUCCAGUACAACAGCAACAUAUUGAAUGUUGUUGUCACCUUUUUUAUGUUUUAUCUCCUGUUUUUCAGGCUGACUUUUAAACUCUUAUGGUUGUUUUCUUGCUUCAAAGUGAAUAUCUGAGGCUGACUACCUUAUGGGACUCACUGUAGGUUCCUUUUUCUAACCCUUUCGAAUACCUUAGUCAUAGUUCUUUGUCACUGUAAUCACUUGUAUCUGAUCUUUCUUCCUCCCUUCGUCAUCUUAGGAGGCAUGUUUUCUAUCUAGAAACAGAGGCAGGGAGGAGAAAAGCAAAAGAAGGAGCGGUGACCUUGAUGUUAAUAAGCAUGUCUUAUCUCUGACAGGGAGAGGACAGCUUAUGUAAGAGCACCUCGCUCUCUCAUUCUUUCUGUUGAUCUUUUUGUCUCCUUCAGACAUAUUUUUGCUUUUUCUUCCACAUAUCUUUGUUGAGCAUCAAUCUUCAAUUUUGACCUUUCUAGAUUUCAUAGCACUUUGAAUCUCUGUCAGAUAUUGGACAUAAAGGUGGGGUUCCUCACCAAGGACACACUGGCAGUAUUACAUUAAAAUACAUCAGCAUUAGAUAACACCAUCUAACCAUAGGCUAGUUAUUGCUAACAGUAAAUUGCUCAUUUUUAAAUGGACGUGACACUGGGAUAAGGCCACUGGGGAAGACAGCCAGUAUCAAAGACUCUACAAAACAUUGAAUUUAGUCCCUUUCGCCCCCAAUGGCUUUGAAGCCCAGCGAUGAAGGUCACCAUAUUGCUCAUUAUUAUGCCUAUACUUGUAAAACUUGUCGGCAGUUCAAACAUUUGUCUAUUCAGACCAGAAUCACAUUUCAUACCAAGCUGUGAUCAUGUUUGUCUCCUCAGGGGGCUCAGUAAGUUAGACAAAGUUCUUAUGUUGGACUCAGCCACAACCAACAAGGUUACACCCAGGCUUAUGCAGUGACUGCAGUUGUUGUAGUUGUAGCGCUUUUAGUGAGCCAGAUUAGUAGUGCUCUUCAUUUUACCACUUAUAACAUUUUCUAAUCCAGCCGAAUUUUGUGUUGUUUGGCUAAUUAUAUGUGUGUAUGUAAACACAUACCUCUUAAAUAAUUCAAUACAUCCUUUGUACUGAAGUAUUCAAAAGUAAAAAUUACGUUUUCUAGUAUCAGUAAAUUGCUGUAGCCAAUUUUUUUAUUGCAUUUACAGACCCUUGUAACUCUCUGAAACCACCCAAUGAAUGAACCAACUUGCCUGUAGAACCUCUCUGCUACACAAAGCAGGUAAAAAUCCCGUCAUUCUGCCUUGUAGUUUUCGUUCACAUGAAAGGGUUGGCUCUUCUAACCAGUUCGUUCGCGACUGACACAUCACCAUUGAUUAGCAUUUUUCAGCACCCAAGGUCACAGUUGGGCCUUUAUUCUUAAAUUCUAAAAACAGCCUGAAAAUACCUUGAAACUGAUAUCCAGGUCACCUCAUCUACCUGUUUAUAUCCUGGCUGCGAGGAUAUAAAGAGUCAUGCUGUGGUUGAGAUAUGCCAUCUUUUGCUUCAUGCGACUACAACUUAUUCAACGAACAAGAAAGCUCCUCUUUACCUGGCAAUGAGAGCUGCAAAACUUCAAAAGCUCCAAAUCUUCUUCCUUGCCUCCAGAUCUGCUUUUGACUGUAAACAUCAGUUUGGUUUUAUGCUGAAAGCUGACAACUAAAGAGACUUCAGGGAGCUCCUCUAAAGCAACAGAGGGUUUUUAUAAAAACAACCAAAGCUGUCAGUUUGAACAAAAGCUCUGAGUCUCUUUUAGUCAGUACUCUCUGUUCUCCAAAGUUUUCUUGUUUUCUUAUUUGGAAUAUUCAUCGGUUUUCAAGGGUGUGGUGAAUACACUGGGUAAGUUAUAAUCCUCUACAACAGCCAUAUUCAACAAGGUACCACUACUGUAUGAAAUUUAAGGGGUACUCUUGUUGUAGUGACUGAAAGUUGAUGUGUUUAUAUAUAAUGUGCAUUAGGAGGUAGUCAAAAAGAGCUGCAUGCUGAUGAAUGGUGCUGAUAAGGUGUGCAUGAUGUUUUUAUUUCUUGAUUUAUGGAACUUCAGGGAUGGUGUGUGCAUCCUGAUCAUGGUGAGCUUCCCUGGACUGUAUCACAACCUGAAAUUAUAAGGUGAAAGGGCACAUUUUACAGAAGUCUUAUAUAAUGUACCUUGUCAUGGACCUGAUGUUGUCUUAAACGUAAAGAGUCACAGUACUAACCAGGUUAAAGGGCAAAAACGCAGGGUUGAAAGGAAGGAGAGCUUGGAAAAAGCCAAACAUGUUUAGCAAUGUGUUUUGCAGUCAAAUUUCCUCAGCUUGUUUUUUUUAACUAUAAAACAAGAUUCAUGGCACUUAUAUACUUGAACAAGGUUCAGGAGGUUAUGCAAUUAAGUAUAUUCUGCACAGUAAGCUGUGCAGCUCAGCCUCAGAAAGAGCAGAUUAUGGGUCUGUUCAUAAAUAACUCUGAUGAGAUGUUGCUGCAAGAGUAGCUGAGUUGUUGAACUACUCACAGAGACCCCGACUCUGUACAAGACUUCCUUUGUGUUUAUAAAUAAGGGAUUGGAAAUAACAGUGCUAAAUACUUCACUUGAGUGUAUACGUACAUUCUUUGGAGGUUAAAAAAAUAAUUCAUAUGUUGGUCAUGGGGGAAAUGUCAUAAUAUCGUAUCUCUUCACUCUGAUUAACUAUGUUUGAUUUCAUAUUAUAUCACAUGGUAUUGUAAUCUGUGUAUCAGUGUGUAUUGGACCUUGUCAUUUUGCAUUUUGUAUCAUAUCAUAUCACAUUGUGUGACACUGCACAUUGCAUCAUACCAUACUGUAUUGCACCAUAUCAUAUGCUAUAUUCUUGUUGCAUUCUUAGUUACAUUUUAUCACAUCAUAUCAUAUUGUAUUGUAUCAGAUUAUGUCGUAUAACAUCAUAUUAUCUUGUGUCAUCAUCCCAUCUGUCAUAUAAUUUCAUUUCAAUUCAUUUAAUGUCAUAUAUCCUAUUGUAUCACAUGGUAUCGCAUCAUAUCACAUAUCGUGUUGCAUCGUGUUAUGUUGAGUCAUACUAUAAAAAAUCAUAUCCCAUCAUAUUGCAUUGUAACAUCUCAUAUUACAUUCUAUCCUAUCCUUUUUAUAUCAUAUCAUGCCAUAUCUCAUCUUAUUAUAAUACAUUACGUUGUAUCAUAUAUCAUAUUUCAUCAUAUCCUUUAAUAUUAUGUUGGGCUGUAUCAUAUCCUGAUGUUGUUUUGUAUCAUAUCAUAUAAUACUGUAUUAUUUUAUUCAGUGUAAUUGUAUUAUAUUGUAUCUUAUCAUCAUGAACUGUUUUAUAUUUGGACUGUGAUGUUUUAAUUUGGACAUAUCAAUCAUAUUUUUCAGCACUUCACCGUGUUUUAUCACAUCAUAACAUUUUUCUUCAUACACCUCAAAUCUUACUGUAUUGAAAUGGCACAAUCAAACCCUAAAGUGACGUUUAGUUACACAAUUCUUUCUAUCAUUACAAAUUAUUGGGGUAUUAAUGAUAUCAUAUUGUUACACGUUGUAUAAGAAUUACUUCAAAAUAUGUAUCCUUCAACUGUAAGCAAAGUAAUUCAGCUGUUCUGAUCAAAAAUAGAUGUGGUAAUAACCGACGUUGCUGUUUCUCUGCUUCAGAUUUUGUGCUCUGCUAAGCAAACCUCACUGCUUUUGUAAUCUUGUGUAUGAUUAACAGAUACCACUGAUAGCCAGCUUCACACUCUCUUCAUAUGCAAUUAGCACUUCAGGCAUAAUGUGUAAUGAGUCAGUUAGCAUUUUGUAGUAACUGUGGGAUGAUUUGGUGCAGUUUGUUAUACUUGGGCUGAAUAAAACAAUGAGAAUGUGAGAGUUUUAUCCAUUAUUAUUCAACAGUCAGCUCAGAGAGAGGCUGGUACACACACACACAAAACACAGUCACAGCAACAGAAUGAUAUUCUCCUGUGUUCAACACCCUCACUAAUAAUUCAAAUCCAAUCUGUCCUUUCAGCACUGAGCUAUAACUGCGGUCAAGAGAGCAACCAUUCACACAGGGGGGAAAGUUACAUUUUUUCUUGCCAAGUUGCAAGUUUUGGCUGUUCUGCACACACACAAACACACACAAAUACACACUUCCUGCCAAGUUAUGGUGAUGUAGAGGCCAGCAGAGCAACAGCAGCUGAUAAAAACCUUGAUAAGACUCAUUUGAAAUGGCUGCAGUCUCUGAACCUGUGUGCUCUGUGUGCCAAGGACACCAUUUACCUUACAUAACAGCCAUUCUGGGUCACCGACACAUCCAUCUGUGCAAUUUAGUUUCCUCUAGAGCAGUGUGCACCUUGACCUCAGCCUUCAUUGUCACAUGUACCUUAUAUAUCUUGCCAACACCUUCUUUCUCUCACCUGUGUGUUUCUGUAUAAGUGAAGAGUUUUGUUUUUUUUUAAAACAUGUUAUGCAUUCAGUCCAUGUUUUAAGUCAUGCUGAACAGUGAUCGAGGUGGUGUGUGUGCCACGGGUGCAGCUGUCACAUGUGAGAAGAUAGAGGCUGACUGCAAAUCUCAGCGCCUCCUCUGCUGCGAAAAUAGGACCUAAAAAUAUCUUACUUCAACCAGGGAUGUUGACUCUAUCCUUAGUGGUGUAAAAAAGUGCCAGCUUUUUGGUAAUGCCAGAAUAACCAGGACACACGUUUGCUCAGAACAGUGCAGCAUCUGUGCAAUCUUUUUGGUUUAGAUAAGUCUUCUUACCAACUCUAAUUGACUUUCUUACACUGUAAAGUUUCAAAACCAGGUGGUGAAGGUGCACUUCUGCAGUUUGAUUAACCAACAACAAAAGUCCAAAAUAUUGACAUUUUGAUCUUAAACUCACAGAAUUUCACAUUUCAUUGGAAAAUACUUUUAAAAAAUCUUAACUCUAAAUUUGGAGACAAUUAUAGUUUUAUUAAUGCUAAACCAAUGAAUCCAUCAAAGUUUAAGUUGUCAUAAGAAAACACGUUAGAAAGCCAAAGGGGAGAUGAGCAACAAGGCAAGGCAUGACAAGAGAGAGGCAUAAUAUUGACUCUGUGUGUGUGUGUGUGUGUGUGUGUGUGUGUGUGUGUGUGUGUGUGUGUGUGUGUGUGUGUGUGUGUGUGUGUGUGUGUGUGUGUGUGUGUGUGUGUGUGUAAAAGCAUCUAAAUAAAGUGUAAGCAAUUUGUAAUUUGGAUUUCAAAUAAAGACAGGCUUCGGACAAGUACACCCUACCUCCCCCUUACCUAUACAUUCCCAAGAGGAAAGCAAUGAGCCUGUAGAGAGAUUUUAAGGGAAGAUAGAAAAGGCAGAGUCAGGAGAAGACGGUUGUUGGUGCUGGAGCUUACCCUGAUUGUGGGAGGCUGUACGCUCUACCUCCUCCUUCAACCCCACAUAAGUAAAGGAAGAGGAAAAGAGAGGAGUUUUGUGCUUAAAAGAGAAUGGGGAAGCCAGAGCAAGAGGUUUAUUUGUGCUGGAGCUUACACUUGCUGUGCUAGACUAUAAGCUCUAGCUUCCCUUUCUCCAAUUAGGGAAAAGAAAGAAAGGAAAGGAAAGGAAAGAGGAAAGGAAAGGAAAGGAAAGGAAAGAGUAAGUAGAGUUGUGUAAAAAGAGGACAGAGAAGGUGGAGCCCAGAGGCAAAGCUUGCUUAGUAUUGUCUGACAAUCCAGACAAAUUAUCUGGUUUAAGGCAAGGAUCAGGGCUGCCUUGUAAUUCUUCUGUGAAAAUAUUAACUUUACUAAACUGAAGACAUAAAAACAAACAUACUUUUGAAGAUUUGAUCCAAAUAGCUCUGAAUAUUUUUCAGUUAAUGGUCACUGUGCAGCAUCUUAACAGCACAAGUGUGUCACUUAAACCCAUGUGAACUCAAUCAGUCACUGUGGCUUUGGGCUGAAAGUGACUUAUUCUGUAGGUUAUGAUUAUGUGAUCUGGAGGAUAACAACUUGUUAGUCAGUUUCAUUGCUACAGCCGCGAGUGCGAUUAUUUCUCUGAGAUGCUAAGACUUUUAUUCCAUGUUCUCACCUGUAGGUCAGGAAGUGGAAGAUGCUGACCCGUCAUCACGGUGACAGUUCAACCAAGCAGAAAGAAGCAGAGUCAGACAUCCACCUGGGCGGUUGUCAGGCCUGGGGGAUCCACACCUCGCCCUUCCUGGGCAGCCCAGUCAUGCUGGAGUGCUCCAUCUGCAGUGGGCCCUACAUUAGCUACACCCUGGAGGACACCUGGCAGCCACGGCAACGCACACAGGCAAGCUCAUUCUGCUUAUAGACCAUUAAAUUACAAACACUUAAUGUUCAGUGGUCCUCACAGGAAAGAGUUUUCAGGUGUCCUAAAUGGAAAAAAAGGAAAUCCCCAGAGGCACUCUUGACUUUUAAUGUCUGAGUUAAUACAACAGAUCUCUUAUUUACUCAAAACUGCUGAUGUUGGUGAUAAAGAGAUAAAUCGCACACUGCCAAAACAGUCUUAAUAGAAAGCUAGAUGAAAUUUACAAUUAUAAAACCCCACAUGCCCAAGUUUAGGACCAAACCAGAGAUUAGAGGAAACAAUUUGUCCACAAGGGGCACCAAGUUUGACACAUACCGAAUUGUCGUCACAGGAGCUUAAAAAAGCCUGUUUUUCAUUCAUUAUAUUUUAAAUGUGUACAGUGUAAUAUAUUUUGCAGUUUUAGUCAGAAAACAUGACUUAAACAUGAGCAUGGCACAUUCAGCAGAGAGAAGAGAGGAUGCCCUUUGUCCCCGGUGUUCAAUAAAGUAAACACUAAUCAAAAGUUGCUCGGAGGGGAAUUUAAAGCUCCUGUGAGGAACUUUUAGUUUUCAUCAGAUUUGGCGUCCCUAGUCUACAUAUUUAAGAAGAGCCUUAUGACAAAAAAUCUUGUCCUGCUGACUUUUGACUGUCAAUUAUAAACUUUCUGUGAUUAUAUGAUCCUUGCACAGAUUUAAAGCAGUAAAAAUAACUACACAUACUGUAUAAAUACUGUAUAAAUACAGUCAACCUCAUCACUGAUGCUCUUGUUUGCUCGUGUAUAUCAAAGAAAAGCUUCAAUAUGAAUUUUAGUUUGUUUCAUAAGCAUCAAAAACACCUCACAGUUACCUGUAUUUUUUGAAAAUGUUAAAAACCCUCUGCAUGGAUAUGGUUGCACUUUUGAGUUGUAACUCAAGCAGCUGAGUAACAAGCUAACAGUAGUUCAAGGUAAUACUUAAUGUGUUUGUACCUUUUUACAGGGCAAAACCACCCAAAACCAGUUUCAGAAAGUCUUUAGAUGGUAAACUGUUAAUGAUUUCUUGUGUUGUACUAUAAACACUAGUAUUUUGUUAGGUAAUAAAGACAUAUCAUGUUCAACAAAAUGUUAUAGUGUUAUAAACUGAUGGGAAAUUCUGAUGUCACUGUGAGCAAGAUCAGUUAAGGAAGCUUUUCACAUUGAAUUAAACCAAUAUGAAGUCAAAGUUUAUGAUUUGACUGUGAAAUGUUUUACUUACUGACUCGCAGUUGAGUCAUCAGAGCCUGUACCUCUCCUUGACCCUUACACAUACUAAAACAUGUCCUUUCACAGCCCAAAUGUUCCAUUUUCUUUUGAAAUGUAAAUCCAAAAUGAAUUACUCAUGAACAAAAAUCCUAAACAGGCAGUCACUGUGGAUACAAAUUUAUCAGAUCUGUAUCCUGAAUCAAUAAGGAAGAGGAAGAAGAAUAAGAAAGGGCACGGUGGGGAAAAGAUGUUGACGUAAGAGGGAGUACCGUCAGCAUGCAAUAUGCAUGGGUAUAUGCAUGCAUGUGGUCCAAAAAGAGAGGAAAGGAUGAAUAUUUGAGGCUACUGUCAGGUACUUUAAGACUUAUACUGUGAUGAAAUGACAAGCAUGAUAGGCAGAGCGUCAAAAGCAGCGCUGCUGAAUGAAUAAACAAGCUGAUGAGAUUUAAAUGACUCACACACACACACACACACACACACACACACACACAGGAACAGGCACAUAUUACGCACACAUGCCUCAGCUUGUCUUGGGAAAAACACCCAUGGGAGAGCACUGAGAGCUGCGAUAAGUUUUCAGAACAGCAGCACAGAAUAGCAAACUAGGCUAAGAGUGUAUUUAACAAAAACACUUUGAAGAGGAAAUGAAGGACAGCCACAUCACUGAAAAACUAAUAUUUGACAUGAUGAGGACAUCCUGAGAUGCAAAUGCUGCUGUCCUGUGAUAGAGUGAAGAGUUACUGUUUGUGGGAAGAAAAAAGUAGAAGAGACUGAAGUAGAAACGAAAGAGACAUUUGAGUCAGUGAGUUUGUACAUACUCAGGAGUGUUUCUCAGGCAGUCAUCACCACACGUAAAGGGCAGAGUGUCGACUCUUGCAACAAUAUGGGUCAGGUUAUAGACUACACCCUAACACGUAAGCUACACAUAAUGACAUCUACAAAGAAAUGAUUAUGCUGUAACCUCAGUCUAAUUCAUAUAAACUCAUACAAUGACAAGUAAGUCAGUUAUGGUCAACACAAUGAAAUGCAUGUUGCUUUGAAACGCUUUUUUUCCCUCAAAAUUUACUUUUCAAAACCUAAUAAAGCAAAAAGCACACGUCAAAGGAUGUCACCAGCCAUGCAGAUCCAGACUUUUUUAACUGGGGUGACCUAAGUUGGGCACCGACUUAUGCAAGGGAGAUUUUAAAUAUGUGUUUAUUACAUUCAAGAGAGUAGCAUCAAUUUUCGUCACUGCUAACUGUAUUUCCUUAACCUCCUGCCAGACAAGCAUUAUUUUUAGCUUAAAGCUCCCCUGAGGAAUUCUUCACUGGUUAUGAAACAGACCUAUGUUGAUACUGAUGUCUUCAAGUGACCUAUAAAAACAAAACCAUCAGAAGAAGUCUGGGUAUUUUAAAGUGUUUUGUUUUUUUCACACACACUCCUCAGUUGUUGCCUUUUGCCUUAAUGUGGAUCAGAGACAUUCCUAUUUCAAACCUUUUUAAUUGAUCACAAUAGCCGUUAAAGUCCAAGUUUUUCACUAAGUCACAACAGAGCAACAAAGAGCGACAAAAGGGGACAACAUCAGUAUUGUAAACUCUUUUGAAAUAAACUAGUAAGACCAGUUUGGAUUAUGAUAUCAGUUUCACAAAAGCAUAAAAGAGCUCUGUUGUUCUAAAGUUGGAGGUGAAGUUUUCCACCACUUUCAGUACAGGGCUACAGUCAGUUCAAACAAAAUGUACCAGUCAAUUUUGAGACCAAACAUUAACAAAAAGUUACAUCACAGUUGUCAGUUUCACCAAAAGGCUUUUUUUUAAACUAUAAAUUAAUCCCAAAAUCCUUGUACAAAAAUAACUUUAUCUUAACAUAAGGAUUUUAGUCUCACCUAGACACAUUAAUAUUAGUCUUGACAACAUAUUGUUAGAGCUGGGGUUUCCCACCACUUCCAGUAAUUUACUGCAACCUCACCCAGGAAACCCAGCCUCAUUAAGACUCAUGUGGGGACACAAGUAAAAGUGGGGCAAGAAGAAGUCUGGGUCAGAACCAGUCGUCUUAGAAAGGCUGAUUUAGAGGCGUGCUUUUAAAACGUGACCUCCCCCACAGACAUUGUGCUCUUUUCAUGAGCUGAGGAAGGUGGCCUAGAUCUGUGGCUGCCAAAUGUUGUGGUUUAAACCACUUACACAAAGCAAUGCAUUUGCUUUUAUUAAGCAGCCUCCACGUCUGUGUUGUUUAAAAUAGAUACUGCAGGUUGAAUAGAAAAGGUAUGAGAAGGAAGAGGAUGACGUUGUUUAGUUUGCUGCAGUUUAUAUUUCAUAAAAUCUAUCAGGAGCAUUCAACGCCUCAUGACCUGCAUCUUCACCCACACCAUAGCUUGUCCUGCUUACUUUGUCCUGCCAAAAUGAUCUGAUGUGUUUAUUAGAUGUUAAGCCUUAGGGUUGGGUAGUUAAAGGUUGGAGAACACCCAUUAUCAUUUAUCUGUAUUCAAAGAGGACAAGUCAAAACUGGAUUUGCAGGGUUGUGCAAAAGCGUGUUUUUGAAGAUGUCACAUCUUUUUAUGAUCAAAAUAUUCCCAGCAGGAACCAAAUAUACAGCCUGCACAUCUUUUGUAAAGGAGUCCUGUUCACAAAAGGGUGAUUCAUGCAGGUCUGAAUACAGUUAUUGUUACUGUUUGUUUGGUUGAAGUUUUUAAUCAUCUCUCCACAGUAUCAUGGGUUUAAACAAGUGUUGUGCCACAGAAAUUCAACAUACACUUUUAUAUAAUCUAGAUUUUAUUCACAUAUUUCUGUCUUUAUGUAUGUUUUUAAUAUGGUCAUGCUGUAUUUCUCUCCAGGCGAUGGACCUGUACUGCCACAAUGAGUCAGACCCAGACACCUACUGUUGCCCUGGCGACAACAGUGAGUAUCCUGGCCACUAAGCCCCUUUUUCUGUACUCCUUGUGACAAAGCACCUGUAACAUGCUAGCUCUCAUCCCCUGCUGUGAUUUUCUCCAUCAAACCUGGGUCAUUACUUCUAGCCUAUCUGCUUUCAUGUUUUAUUGUCUAAACCUGUCCAAAAUUGUCUUCUACCUCUCAUGUUCCGUCUUAUUCCUCUUGUUUUGUUAUGUCCUUUUUCUAUCACUCUGGUACAUGCAGGAGCAACAUGAUUCAGCUUGCACACACAUGCACACACACAGUUUUGUAACUUUGCCUUACUGAACCACUUGGCCCUCUAAUCCAACCUCUAAACCCGCUGGGUAAUAACCAUUGUUCAUAAACCAAGAUUGCUAUUUGUUGUUUUCGAAGAAACCAGCUUCUAAAGCAAAACAGUAGUUACUGACAUGAACCCGAACGCUGAUCAUCACGCAUGCACACACACCUGGUGACCUCUGGGACAUCUGUUUACAACCUCUGCCACUCACUGCAGCAGAAUUAUGAUAGCAUAUUCCUGAGCUGGUUGUUGACCUUUCAUGUGUGUCACUGGGUUAUAGUCCAGCUUUUUCAUUGGUUUACAGCUGAGAUGACUUUAAUUACCGUCAUGUUUUGAGUUACUGCUGCAAAUUAAAAUCAGAUCCAAAGUACAAGAUGAUUAAAGUGUGCGUGUCACAAUUUGGCACAAAGUCUAUCUGCUAAUCUUUAUAUUGGUACCUUUUACUCUGCUGUUAUUCUGACAUUCGCCAAAACAGGAGCUGCUGUUGUAAACAGGCUUUUAGUAAGAUUUGAAUUUACUUGUCUCACAAAUCCAAAUUUCACAUACUUCAACUCUAAUGAUAGUAUAAUUAUACUAUUGCAACAGCUUUUCCACAUAGGAAUCAUGACCCACUGCCGUUUCACGCUGUGUUAAAACUGGCAACACACCAGUAUAAAAAUGCACUUACAGUAUAUUGAAAUGACUAAUUAUGUAAGUAUGUAGGUAAAUUAAAAGUAAGUUACAUACCUGUUUUGAUUUUUAUCAUUGGCAGGAUCAAAUAUGAGGACUUUUAUAUGAUCAAAUAUGAGGUCUCCAUCUGUUUUGUAUGCACAGACUCAAUUUUUAAGAUAUCAAGUAAAAAAAAAAAAAAUUCAUUAUAUUAUUCAGCAUUGGAGCAAUGAGAUAAAAUCAAGAAAUAAAUCUACAUUUGCUAGUUCACAUAUUCUUGUCCACUUAGAUGAAUUCAGACUUUAGUGGUAUGUCUAUUGUGAAAACGCAAAUAAUAAAUGAAUAAAGAAACUUUGACUUAAUAUUCAGCCCUGGAUAGACUUCUCAACUUCUAAGCAUCUCUCUUUAGGAGGCAACGCUUUGUGGCAAAUCUUAAGGUCUGUUUCUUUUCAUAGCCCUGGGUGUUGGGUGACAACAGGGGCGAGGGAUUGCAUGGGUCCCCCUUUAGAUGUGAUAGGCCACCCGAGGUUCCUUAGGUCUGACUGACUAUUUGCCAUGUAUGAGACAAGUUUUUGGAUUAUACUGGUAGCUGAUGGGUUAAAUUGUGACUGUCUCCUAUGACUACAAUUUUUAUUUUGUAAACUUUAAUGCCUGAAAUCUUUGUGAGUGGGUAAGUGUCACCCAAACAGCAGUGGAAACAGUUCUGUUUUUACAUAACUAUUUAUAAUAAAUGAUAUAUUUGGUGCCAAACUAGGUACAAACCAACAUUUCCUGAGUAUUUUUGCCAAUAGGAAGCUUAAGAGAGACAGGAAAUGUAAGGAGUAAGGAGAGGGGGGACAACAUGAAGCAAAGGGGUGUGGCAAGUGGUUGAACCAGCAACCACUGUAAUGAGGACUGUAGCCUCUGAAUACCCAAUCAUUGCCCUAAACAUCCUCUUUUUGAGUCUUUGAAGUCUUAAGCUGAGAAGAUUUAUAUGUUGCCACUCUGUUGUGUUACUAAAUAAAGUACAAUAAAAACUUUCUACACCAGAAUAUUACAUCUGUAUGAUACCCCCGUAUGAGUCCCAUCUGUGUCACCCCAAUCACAAGACUCUGGACAGGUAUCCAACCUAAGGUAACCAUCCAUUCGACCUCUUUUACCCGGACAUGUCCUCUUUUUGGGGGGCUGUCCGGCCUUGUCCAGGGGAGUUCAUAGAAUCCUUUUGUAUGGAAGUUUUGAGUUUGUGUAGCAUGGACUAACUGAGUUAGAAGUAAAAAACAUUACCCAACCCAAAAAACCCUCAAAAUUUACUAUGCACAACUGUUCCCUGCGUAGUAGUGACCUCUUUUUGGGGAUUCAGAAUAUUGUCACCCUAAUCCAACCCCAACAAGGAAUAAAUGAGACAAGAGCCAUGCUCUGAUGAGCUAUUUGUCUGGAAAAAUGAUCCGUUUUGUCCAACACAGAAAAAUCAGAGUAAUUAGUCGAGCUGAUGACAACCUGUUUCUGUGGCCUCGGCUGUGAUGUUGCUUCACCUUGUUGUUCCCACACCAGCAAUUACUGACUUUAGGAGUGCUUUAAGUUGAAGUUUGUCACAUACUAUGAGCCAUGUACAGCGAUGUAGUGAAGAGAGAGAGAGAGAGAGAGAGCAGCAGUAGUCAUAGGUCCAGUAACAAUAAUUACACUCCUGACCUUCUAAUUUUACAGAGCAACAAAUGUCUGUUCUUUGACUCCACUCUGAAAAUGUGAUGUUAUAUAACUAGGAACUUCUGCAGAAAAACCUGUCAUUACAGCUCAUUUACACAUUCAUCACUGACUUUAUAGAGCUACUCCAACUGGGAGGACAACAGGUUUAUGUAACAGAGUCAGAGCGUGUUUUGGUACAUUCAGACUUAACUCUUUAUAAUGUGAACUGACCCAAAUGAAAUCACCAGUGAAGCUCCCUUUUCUAAAGCUCUUAUUUACUCUUUUCUGUCUCUAUUCACGACGCCAAGCUCACCUGUGUCAACUUGUCCUUCACAGGCAAACAUACACACCUUUCCACAGACACGCACUGAUACAACAAAAACACAUGUAUGCACUUUAUAAGCCAAUGCGGCACUCCCACAGCAGAGACUUUUGACAGUUGAGUGUUUGAACAUGUUUGUUGGUGUUUUCAAGUUAUCAGACUGACAGUUAUAUUCAAAGAAAGGACAGCUAAUGACAUAAUGUGCUGAUCCCUGUUCCUUAAACUGAGAGUUAGCCUUUUAAAAUCUCAGCCUCAUAGUGUAGGACAGAGGUCUAGAGGUUCAGAUCAGUCCUACAUACUCUACAUAGCACCUUUGUUGCAUGUCGUUCUCUCUUUUUCUCUUUUUUCUCUGUCUCUGAGUGGGUCCUAUUAAUGUGUUUCUAGUGAGUCCCAGCUUCACCGUAAACACUCUGGCUGAAAGGUACAAAUCUGUACUUUGUCGGGUCUGUCUCUAAACACUUGAUCCCCGAGCGCACCAGCGCAUUUGAUCCGUGUGAACAAAGCCAUACCAAAUUCUGGCACCAUGCCUGAGUCUGCAUGAAGUAGUGGUCUCAGACAUGGCUCAUGGGAGAUGUAAACCCAACCAUCGCACAAGGAAUUGGACCACUGUAUACAGUAAUAUUAUAACUAUUCCUAUUUGUUUGUUGUAUCCAUGUAGCAAGGUCCUGGUUCAACCACUGAGCUGCAUGCUGGAUACUGAGGAGUGAAAGCUAGUAAUAGGGUCAUUGUUAGCCUCUCAAAAACAUCCACAGCAGCAGUACCGACUCUAUUGUCCAACUUUAAUGUUGCCCAGUUGAUGAUGUGGGUCGUUGCCAAGGUUACUUUUUCUCCUUCUUUCUUCUUUCUGGCAGAUUUGCAAACCAACUCCUAGCAUAUUGCAAUCUACUGUAAUGAACUGUGUGCAUAUGCAAGUGUAUUCAGUAUUACUGAUGUGUAAGUAGGUCAACAGAGAGGCAAUUUUACCAGAGCACAGUACAAAACAAAUUUGCCUAUUGGGAAAACACACUUGUUGAAUCAAGGUCAGAUUGAUUACUUCUGAGGUUCUCCAGCAAGUAGGGAGGUUCAACGUAUUAUCAUUAAUGUUGUCUUUUUGCCAAUGCCACAAAGAUCAUAAAUCAGCUGAAAGACAACUUCAUAACACAUCACAUGAAUCUUUGAGGAAGACUGCAGGAAGUUUGUGGAAACAUGUCAAGGCAAAGAAGAAAAACACAAGUCUAGAUAUAAGACAUGAACAAAUUAUUGGUCUUAUAUAACCCUGUUUUUUAACUGAAAGAGAGAGGGAUAAUGCAGUAUUUCCAUGUUAGAAAAGUCUUGCCUGAGGGACCAUGGGUCAUGGUGUGAGAUAUUCUCCAAAAAUGCAGCUGUGCAGAUGUAUGAGUAACCUUGCCACUGAGUUGGAAGACUAAUCUGAUGUAGUUCUUGGCUGUUUGACAUGAGUCAUUUGUCCUGUUGAACUUCAGUGGCAGCGUUAUUGAAUUUGAAACUAACUAGAUACAUUAUUAGUUAAUAAAUACCACAAAGAGUGGCAGAGCUGCAGUAACAUGUUACUUAGAAACACAUUAGUCACAAUACUGGUAUGUACCUUGUCUCAGCCUCACUAGUUCAGAGAAGUUAAAGGGAUAUUCUGGCAUAAAUUGAAGUUAUGUUCAAUCAAAUCAUAGACACCCCCUCGAGGGAUGAAACCUCAACCAAAAAGCCACUGUAUAGCCACAAAUAAUGCUCAGAACAGCACCUAACUUCAUCAACAGCACAUAUUAGGUCCCAACCAUAGCACUAGUCGUCAAACAUCGGUGAUCGACUUGUCAGGGCUCCCCCACAAACAUGCGGCUGCUGGAGAAGAGUAGGUGAGUUGUGUUUGGUCUCUUUGCAAAAGAAACAAGACAAAGCUAAAAAGAUGUUCGAUUGCUAGUACUAUGGCUGGGACCCUAUAUGUAACGUUGAUGAAGUUAGGUGCUGUUCUGAGCAUUAUUUGUGGCUAUAGAGUGGCGUUUUGGUUGAGGUUUGUGCGUGGAGUUAUAGACUGCUGUGUAUUGCUAUUGUACAGUCAUUGCUGUAGUUGGUAUAAUUAGAGAAGCAAGCAGUCGGCAACAUUCAUCUCUCAAGGGGGUGUCUAACUCAGUGUUACGUGUGUUUGACCAUAAUUUAAAUCUACGCCAGAAUGUCCCUUUAAACCACAGCCAUUCAAUGGUCAUCUUUAUUUUCAAAGUUAAUCCUCCCUGUAUGUUAAAUUGUGCUACAUUAUCCUCUGUACUGGUAACAGAUUGUAGUAGCACUUAAUUAGAAUUAGAUAAUCGCUUCUGAAUCCUUGGACACAGUCUACAUUUUCAUUUUAAUGAGUCCCAAUUAAAAAGAUGGUUUCUAGGAACUGUCCGGUUAUAUAUCAGUUCAUUUCAGGGGAAUCAUUAUAAAACCUUCAAAAUAAAGUAUUAUGAACUUAUGAACCUACACACAGACCAGCUGACAGAACCACACAAGUCCAGAGAGGUCUGAACUGUCCACUUCGAUGAUUGGCACAAGUAGGUUACACACAGACACAUGCACAAACACAUUCUCACUAAUACACACUCACACAAUGACAGAACGCCAUCGCAAAAUAAAAGCCUGGCUGUCCUCUCUGAAUAGCCGAGGUCUUUAUGUAACGGUGUCAUUUGGUUCCUCACCACUGAGGCUCAUUCUCAUUCAACACCAGAUCAAGUAUAGCCACAGACACCCUCCUCAUCCUCCUCCUGGGCGCAGGCAUCACAAGACUGAGGGAUCAUGGGAAAACGAAAGAUGCACACAGGUUUAACGGACAGAUGUCGUGAGCGCUGAAGACAGCGUGAAAAUGGGCAUACGCUGGUCUGCGAGUGUGUGUCGUUACCCUCUAGGUGGGUGGAUUGAGUGUGUAUGAGUGUGUGUUUAUACGAAAUUCCAAUAUCCUGCACCUCAGCCCCUCGGGCACGGCAAUGAACCGCUUCCUGUCCUUUCACGAAAUGGCCUGCUAAGUGUGUGUGUGAGUCAAUGAUGGCUUUGGCACCGAUGACAGAACCACUAGGGGGUUACAUAACGCACUGCCCUCUCUCACACACACACACACACACACACACACACACACACACACACACACACACACACACACACACACACACACACACACACAAACACAAAUAGAAAAGCAAUAAACACACAGCUCAAGUAAUUGUGGAGCCUCCUCUUGUUCGGGGCCCAAAACGCAACCAGCCUCUAAAUCCAGACGGGAAGGGGGGCCAGAUAGGAAAACUACUGAGGAGGCCUUUUGUUUUGUACCACUCCUUCUCUCCCUCUCUCUCUCACUCUCUCUCUCUCUUCCCACUUUUUUUCUUCUUCUUCUCCUCAUCUUGUCUCAACACCUCUCCUUCCCUUCAUUCAUCUCCGGGCUAUGACUGCAGAUUCACACACAAGAGCAGCACUUACACCCAUCGAAGGAGGUAAAUUCUUCUUCUUCUUCUUUCUCGUUGGCAAAAAUCCCUCUUUUAUUUGUUGUUUUCACUUUGGUCUUAACUAUAUCAGAUUGAGAGAAAUAAAAGCUAGCUUGUAUCAUUACUUAUGUUGGAAAACUUGUGUACCACAAGGUUUUAGAGUUAUGUAAAAUCUCAAAACCAAGAUCAGGGCAAGUUAUGAAACCCACCAAAGGAGGGAAAACGUAUGUUGGUGGAAGCAAAACUUGCUAAAUGCAACCAAACAAAAUUAAAAAGUUUGAUUGAAUAAGAUUUACUUUACUUCUUAUUUGAAACACAGAUCAGAUCUGAAAACUCCAGCAUACACUAACUCUGUGCCUCUUAGGGGGUGUGGUUUCAAGACACGAAAAAAUGUGGACUCUCUGUUUGUAUGGAAGCCCAUGUGGACAUACAUCUUUACAUUUUAUGCCCUCAUUUUUCACCACAGCAGAUUAAUUUCUCUUACUUAAAAAAAGUUGCUUUUCUCAAAAUAACGGUCUGACUUUAGCAGUCUAGAAAACAAUGAGCUAGUCACUGUGAUAGACCAGACCACGACAUACCACGCUGCUUUUGACCACAAUGAGGUAAACUGGGAUGAUUUGUUUUGGCCAGAAGGGUUGUGAUCAUCUGAUGUUAAGUCUAGAUCUUUAUGUAACAAGUAGCUUGUUAUCAGGGUAGAGAGUAGAUAAAAUGUCCUGAUGUUUAGAUGCAUGUCUGCUUACUGCUGUAACAAGGUUGAAGUUCAAUGCAUCAUCCUAACUGGAAAUCAACUCACUAGCUGGGACUUGUAAAAGAAAAGUAAAAGUUUUAAAUACAUAUGGGUGCUUGGGGCUUCUUUCAUAAGUCUCUGGAUCCACUUCUUAUCAUUGUUGCUGUAUAAGUGAAAGUCUUCAGGAGUUAAACUCUUUGUCUGUCCCUCUUCUAGAUCUUAAACAUACAAUAGUCCGUCUUCAUUGUUGCAUAUAUCCCAAUCUGUUUUCAUAUCUGUCAGUUUUCAAGGACAAUGUGUUUGCUCUGCUGUCUCCUGUUUUCCCUGUGUUCAGAUUAUCCAGAUAAGGAAAUUGGGAUGUUUCACUCGUUUGAUGCUUUCAAGCGUUGAUAGGAGACGUCAGUUUGAGUCCCACAUGGAGUGCAGCUGUAGUGUCAGUGCUGACGUGUUGUAGAUUAAAUGCUUCUUGAAGCGUAGCAGUGCUGCAACCUUUGCUGUUUCAAGGAGAAAUAUCUUCAUCUGACACAGCUGUGUUAAGUUUCUGCAGGAGCAGAGAGGAAGGAGUGUUGUCAGACACCUUUAGGGAGUUUAAAUAGAACCUGAUGUGCUCUAUUUUUUCUCUUUGUUUAAGAAAAUGUGUGUGAGUGUGUGUGUUUGUCACUGCAUGUUCAGUCAAGUUUUGGUUCAGGUUUGUUUGGCCCUCUAGAUUAUGUGUGUGUGUGUGUGUGUGUGUGUGUGUGUGUGUGUGUGUGUGUGUGUGUGUGUGUGUGUGUGUGUGUGUGUGUGUGUGUGCGUGUGCGUGUGCGUGUGUGCUGUCAGACUCCCUGCAGGUUUGUUUUGCCCUGCAGCCUUGCGUGUGUGUGUGUGUGUGGAUUUUGUGAGUGUGAGUGUGUGUGCUUCAGGUGUCUAUGGGGGGACACUUAAUAAUAGACUUGACCUAAGCAAGGAGGGGAGUUGGGGACAACAGUGAAAAGUCGAGGCUAUAUUUAAAAACUGCAGAGUCACACACACUUGAACACGGUGAUGAGAGGUCAGAGGUCAAGAGCAGAAGAAUACACACUUUCUCUCCCCUCUUCUCUCUCUCAUAUGACUCCUGACUCAGAGCCAUUUGUUCGAGCUUUAAUUGCUGCAUAUCUUUGGCAUUGUCUUUCCAGCCCCAUAACAACUCUGCUGUUCCUGAAAAACACACACCUUGUCACACACACUCUUUUGUUCCCCAUUAGAGUUGAGCCUGCUCUACUGCUUUGCAUGAACAUGCUUUCUUUGUUAUCUGUCCUUCCUCACUUUUGUCACACACUCCCACAGGCAAAACAUAACCCUGAGGAAAAGUUCAGGACAUUUCACAUGGGAGAAAAAUUCACAAAGGACAUAGUUAAUGAUAGCCUUGACUUCCUGCAGCUCUUUAUUCACUUGGUGAAUUUCCAAAUUCUAGUUACUUUUUAAUUCUAGCUGCAGACGGUGAGUGAACCCAGAAGGCUGUAGUGGAAAAACACAGCAGAUGUAUGAAAGUGAUUUUUUUGCUACUCAUAAAUCAGACUGAAAUCCAUACAGAUCCCUCCUCAUGACCUACAAAUGCAAACACGUCUGAUUUUAAUAUUUAUGUUUCGUUAUUUGAAUGCCUGAAACUGCUUGCAGGGGGAAAAGUCAGAGACAGUGUCUGACUGCAUGUAGAUAAAACAGCUUUUGUUAUAUUUUACACUGAUAUUACUUCCAGUGAGUGAGAUGUUUGACUGUAAAUGAAUCUUUUGUUUAAUAAAGCACUGACGUUAACAGAGCAUGAUUGCAAAGAGAUGAUAUGUGGCAGAAAAGUGGUGAACAACAUAUGCCACUUAUGGCGUGGCUGGUGGUAUUCUACAGGUGAGCCAGUGGCAUGUGAUAGUCGCAAAACCAGUCCUCUCAGUGGUAUACCUACAGUAUGCCACUCCAUAUAUUUUCUUUGUUGAGAACAGGUGUGCAGCAAAGUCAUUUAAAUACAGAAGUGUCUUUUAUGUGUAUGACACAGUGACAUAAAAGCUAUUCAGCCGUAGUUGGUGGCUAGCCUGUUGCUUCAAGGUAAAGUUGUUUGUUUUAUACUAACAUAUUCAUGAUUGGAGAUGCAUAAAUAGUGUAGAGUGGGGUGAUGUUUUUGGCUAACAGCUAUGGUGGCUAGGCUCAUGAGCUCUCGCCUGUUGUUUGAGUACAGGGACAUGGACAGUAGUAUUUUUAAAUCUCCUCUCCGAGUGUUGACCACAGCUCAACUUCACUAUGCAUAUCGAAGCACUGAAUUACUUGUUAUUGUAAUGUUUGUGCAUGAACUUUGUUGAAGAAAAGAGUUAUAUUUAGAGCUGAUUCGCAGUGUCAAGCUGCAUAACACCAAAAUCUGGCUCAAAAGUCCCUCAUUUAGAAGAAUCAGCUUGGCUCAGUGGUUGAACACCCAGUCAGUCAAAGCAGGCGGCUUUGGCUCAAAGCCCAUGUGUGGCCCUUUGCCACAUGAAAUUCCCAGUUCCUCACACUAUGCACAGUCCUGUCUUCUUAAUGAAAGUAUGACAAAGCUCCAAAAAGUGAUCUUGAAAAACCCUUCACUUCUUGACACGCCUGUCCAUCUGUCCUUUUAAUUUCGAUCAUAAAAUCUGGACUUAUUUUAGAUCCCCUGAAAAAGUAGGAGCUCAUGAGAAGCAUGUGAAGGCAGCAUAUCCCGCCCCCCUGCAGGAAAACCCAUGCAACCGGCCAUGCAUAAAACGGUAGAGUGGAAGGAAACAGAGGGCGGGACAUCUCCGCCCCAGAUAGAAGGGAAAAAAAUCCAGUGGAUGAAACUCUCUGAGGAGGCGAGAGCUGCUGAGUAGUUCAAUAACCUCUCUGCCGAGGACCUUAAAGCCUCACUCUUUCUUCCUCUUCCUCUUCUUCAUUUUCUUCUUGUGAAUCGGACUACUAAAGCAUCCAAAAUGAAAGAUAAAACGACCACCCUCACCUGUAAGUAAACUGCACAUGUGUUAAAUAUCGGUCGUUGUCAUGGUUAGAAGAAAAAAAAACUUUGAUUCUUCUUCGACGCUUCUUGUUUCAAUGUCGAUCGAUGAUGAUCUUAUAGAGGGGUUCAAGGGUGUUCCUGCGUUCACCAGACUCUUGUGUUAUUCAUAGUUCUGUUGUGAGGCGAAAACCGAGACACAUGGCCCACUUGUUUGUCUGUGGUGGGGGGAAAAAGUUCUGGCAGACAUACUUGGGGGCGCUCCGUUCACCCCAUAAUCCAGUGACCUGGAUUUAUGAUGCUGUUCUAUGAAGACUCGCUGCCGGGGGUCUGUAAAGAAAAAAGAGCCACAAGAGUCUUGGCAACUCUCUUGAGCAACUUGUUGAACUCUUGAGCUGCAGGCUUUGAAAUGAGAACUCGGUCAGAGCUGAAAGGUUUGUUUGUUGCCAUUGAAACUUUAUCCGGUCUGUUUUUUAUGUAGAUUAGAUCUUCGGUUCUCGGUUAACUCUUGAAACUGCAGAUUUGCAUUAGAUUUUCAUAUAUGCAUGGUUUUAAGGUUUAUGCACGGCGCAGAAAAGUUGCAGUCGAUUACUUUUCUCACUUAGUUAUUUUCCUAUGAAGUAAUUCCAAAGCGAGGUUGCGUAAUGGGCGCAAUUUUUGGAUACUGUCGAUGUCAUCCUGUUUCAUUCUUGCGCACGAUUUUUAAUUUUGCUGUUAAAAUAGAUUCGACCUUCAUAGAUGAGUCAGUCUAACAUACUUCUAUUCCACGCUGGGCUGUAGAUAAAAACCAGGUGCCUUACAUAACCGUACCAAACUGAACCCAUCUGCGCUAAUGUGUGCCAACCAGCACACAAAACGCAGCACAGGAUGGCAUUCAUAACCAUAAUUUCAUUCUGAUCAUGACAUCCAAGUGCUUUGACUGCUUUUAAGGGCUUUUAUCGGUGGUUUAAAACAGACUGUAGGUCAUAUCUGUCUGUCCUUUUUCCCUCUUGUUUGAGAUUGGUGUGUUCAGGAGUUUCUCAGUCUGUACUUUUCCACUAGCAGCGGCUUUUUCUUGGCACGGAGCCUCCCUCAGCUCAGGCUCUCCUCUCGCGUCUUUUGUAUACCGAGGGAACCUGCGUCACUCUGGGCCGUUUUAAUUGAGAAGCAGCCAAACAGUGAAGCUGAUAGGGCUGGUUAGGGGGCGAUCAGAUUGUUUGCACAGGAGCAGGUUGCAAACUAAGGAGGGGAGAGAGUGAGUUACGUAAACAAUCAGGAACUUUAAGAAUAAUGCAGAGAAACAAAUCUGAAGAACUUUUAGCAGGGAGUUGUGUCAUUCAUCUUUUUUGCACUUUUAUGUGCUUUUAAAUCUUUAAAAUGAACCAUAUGUUUUUAAUGACAGCAUCUGGAUGUUAUUAGCCUCAGAGAUCUGUUUUUGCAGCCUUGUGGAGACACAUAUUUGCUGUCUCGGUGACAGCUUCAGGCAGUGACACAUGUUCAGCUGAGUUUCUAUGGUAUUGCUCAAAAACAUUUGCAAAUAGUACAACUAGGUCUUUCAUUGAGUGGUGUUGCGGUGAAGAACUUUUUCCUCUAUUUUUUCUUUGUUUUUUGACGCAAGCGCCCCCUUAAAGGUGUGGCUAUGACGCACCGAGAGCGCAAUCGCCUCUGAUUGGCCGAGAGCGCGAUCGAUUCUCUCCUCGCGGGCCAUUUAGCAAAAGGAAAUGUUUGUAGAGGAGGACGCCCACAAGGAGGUGUGGGUGGGUGUUGAGGGGAGGCAAAGGAAAGGGGGGCAGCUCCUCCCUCAUCCCUGUCAUAAAAGUAGAGUCAAAAAGGAGGAAAGUCAUAUUUUGUUUUCAGGCAGUUGAUGAGCACAGAGCUGCUUUUCAACUUCUCAACAUGACGAUCAAAACAGAAACACAGAAGCCAGUUAUGACUUACUCCAAAACUAAAGGGCUUGUGGCUUUACUCACCGGUAUGGAAACAAAGCUGGAUGCUCAUUCAACACUUGGAUUUUUCUGAUUUUUCUCCAAAAAAUCUAAACUUUUCUCCUUCUUUUUGCUUCUCUUUUGUAUUGCAGCUUUCAUGAAACAGAGGAGGAUGGGGUUGAACGACUUCAUUCAGAGAAUUGCCACAAACUCCUACGCCUGCAAGCAGUGAGUACCAUCUGACUCAUGUUAUUGUACCGCAGUCACUGAAGGGACAAAGCAUUGAGAAACACGGAGCAGAAAUGCCAGUUAUUCUGUGUCCUCGGAGGGGACAGUGUGACUCAAUUUGCCUCCCAGAUCAGCUGACUCAGAUGUAAACAAUGCAGGAUACUUUAGUGCUUAGUUAGGAGAUAAACUUAAUGAGAUUUCUUUAUUUUCCAUUCCAGUCCGGAAGUUCAGUCUAUUCUGAACUUGAGUCCCCCUCAGGAUGCUGAGCUCAUGAACACAAACCCAUCUCCUCCUGUGAGUAGAUUUUGCUUUUAACACUUUAUUGUGAUCUCCAUCCUUUGUUUACAUACACUAUAAGCAGUGAUACACAGAAAUGCUCCAUGUUAUGGCUCUAAAAUCAUCCUUUCUCUCCUUUCUAGCCGAGUCCAUCCCAACAGAUCAACCUCGGCCCUUCCUCAAACCCCUCAGCAAAACCCAGCGACUUCCACUUCCUUAAAGUGAUCGGUAAAGGAAGCUUCGGUAAAGUUCUGCUUGCACGGCACCGCACCGAUGAUGAGUUUUAUGCAGUCAAGGUCCUGCAGAAGAAGGCUAUCUUAAAGAAGAAGGAGGUAAACGCACGCUCGAGCACUAAAAAGUAUGCAUCCAUCCCUGAAGUGUCUGCUCUUUAACCCUGUUUUCUUUGUGUUUCUCAGGAGAAGCACAUCAUGUCAGAGAGGAAUGUGCUGCUAAAGAAUGUCAAGCACCCGUUCUUGGUGGGCCUGCACUAUUCUUUCCAAACGGCCGACAAGCUCUACUUCAUCCUGGACUACAUCAACGGAGGGGAGGUGAGUUACGAGCCAGAAAAUGAUGUGAAUAGGCAGCAGAAAUGAUAAAAGACAGAGAAAGAAGCUGAGCUAUUUAUAGAGGAAGCUAAAAAAGAAAGAUGUAAAGAGCAGAUUUAAAAGAUGGAUGUAGCUGGAGGGGACAGAAAUUUUCUAAGAGAUGAUUUAGCACCAGAGUCAGAGAUUUAAAAAAAUGAGGCACAGACAGACAGACACAAGGGGAAAUCCUGUCAUGAGAAGCAGAAUAGAAGUCUUGUCUUUCUUUUUCUCUAAAGGAAACACCUCUCAGGAAAUCAUGGGGUGGGUUUGGACAGCAGGGAGAGACUCAGGCCAAAAUUAGCAGACUCAGUGUGCACCUAAUCGAGCUAAUUUCCUGUGAUUGUUGCAAAAGCAGGGACAGUGCUGAUUAAAUAUGGGCCUCAUCAGGAAACAGGAUGCAUUUACCCUCAUUCUCCCUCUUCCCUUUCUCUUUUCUUCCCUCUCUCUCGCUCCACCUUUAGCCUCCCUCUUUAUGGGUCAGACUUUUUAAGCUUUUAUCUUCCUGACUCUUGAUUUCCUCUCUGUCUUUGUAUCUGUCGUUUUAUUUUUCCUCUUCCUCUAAUUUCCUCUUUCUUCUCAUGGGAUUUGGAAACAAUCUCAAACAUGAAAAGGACAUUUUAGCUUUUGUUUCUAUUGUCAUAACCUUUGCUCUUUUUUCUUCCUCCCCCAGUUGUUCUACCACCUACAGAGAGAGCGCUGCUUCCUCGAGCCUCGAGCCAGGUUCUACGCUGCAGAGAUCGCCAGCGCACUCGGGUACCUCCACUCCCUCAAUAUCGUCUACAGAGACCUGAAACCAGAGAACAUCCUGCUGGACUCACAGGGACACAUCAUCCUUACAGAUUUCGGCCUGUGCAAGGAGAACAUCGAACCCAACGGGACUACGUCGACUUUCUGCGGUACACCAGAGGUAAGGACAAACUAAACUCCACAGUGUUAAUACAGACCUCCUUUUUGGGCAGAUUUCCGUAUUAUUUCUUGAUAUCCAUUAAUGUUUGUUUUGAUUUUCUUUGCAGUAUUUAGCUCCUGAAGUUCUACACAAGCAGCCAUACGACAGAACAGUAGACUGGUGGUGUUUAGGAGCGGUUCUCUAUGAAAUGCUGUACGGCUUGGUAAGUGAAAGUCAUUUAAAUCUUUAUUUUGAAGUAGCAUCCCACUCUGAAUAUACUUUUGAAGUAUUACAAAUGCAUACUUCACCUCAAAUGAAUCAUGCACAACGACAAAAAACAAAGAUAGCAUCCUUAUCUCUUUGCACUUGAUGUGUUUCAGUCGGAGUUUCUGCAUGACUUCAGCUGAUUAAAUCUCUUUCGUCAUGUGCUUUUGUCGUCCAGAUCCUAAUCACUCUCUUCUUUUUGUCCCUCUUCAGCCUCCGUUCUACAGUCGCAACACUGCAGAGAUGUACGACAACAUCCUGAACAAGCCGCUGCAGCUGAAACCCAACAUUUCCAACGCCGCCCGACACCUCCUGGAGGGUCUGCUGCAGAAAGACCGCACCAAGAGGCUGGGCUGCACAGAGGACUUUGUAAGUGUUUGGUCAUGUGAUCAUACCUUCACACAUCACUUGCAUUUAAGGGCGUCAUGUAACAGUUUGUAUCUCUCCACAGAUUGAAAUCAAGAACCACAUUUUCUUCUCCCCGAUCAACUGGGAUGACCUCAACGCCAAGAAGAUCACCCCUCCUUUCAACCCCAACGUGGUACGUUCCUUUUGUAACACUAUAAUGAGGCCUCAUGAUGGUAUGACAGUAAAGCAGCCAAAGUCCACAGAGUCAAAUAUUUAGCUUUACAUAACUAGAUCAAGAGAACGGAACAUCCUCACUGUGGAUUAAAACAUCUCCAAGUAUGGCCAGGUAUUUUGACUAUUCCCACCUGACUAAUCCCUGUUUGUCUCUCCCCUCUGCCUCCCCCUCCUCUCUUUAGACGGGACCCAAUGACCUGCGGCACUUUGAUCCAGAGUUCACAGAUGAGCCGGUGCCCAGCUCCAUUGGCUGCUCCCCGGACAGCGUGCUCGUCACAGCUAGCAUCAAAGAGGCAGCCGAGGCCUUUGUGGGCUUCUCUUACGCCCCCUCCAUGGACUCCUACCUAUAG